GGGGACUGGACCGAUCAGAUGCAGAGAGCGAGGUGACACCACUUUUGGGAUAAAGACACCGGGAAACAAUUUGGACCCCUCCCUUCUCCCUUUCUCUCACUCCCUCUUUCCAAAAUCUAGAAACCCCCCUUCCUCUUCUUUCCAGACAAAGACCCCCUCCCACUGUACCACAAUCACUACCUCUCCAUCCUUGCCUGUGCUUAUCAUUUUUCCCUGUUUUUCAAUCUGAGGGGAUAUUUUGAUACAGACUUAUUUUUCUACAUUUUUUUUACAAUUCGGUUUCUUGAAUCGAUCCCGUGACGGCCGCCGGGAGGGGGCAGGGGAGCGGCGGGGUGGGCAGGCGCACCUCGGACGCCAGAGCAGUGAAGAAAGGGACACGGAGGCAAGAGAGACGCAACCGAAAAUCUACAGGGUCCAACCUACGUUCCCUAAGCAUGGUGACUGUAAGUGCCGCCAUCUUUUUUUUCAUACCAUCCGAUUGAUCCUAUUGUGCUUCUUGUGUAGAAAGGGUUAAGAAGGAGGUUACAGGGUUAUUUUCUGUGUGGCAUUAGAGGAGGAGGAGGUGGAAAAGUUGAUGGAAGGGUGGAGGGAAGCAGAGAGAUAUCCCAGGGGAGUCCCAUUUGGGACUCGAAUGCGUCUUACAAUGCAGCAAACGAAAGGACAGAAGAGGGGGAGGGAGAGAGCAAGAAAAGGAUGGAGGGGGGGGGGGGGCAUGAGCUAAAACCAUGCACAAUAUGUCCUUGGGGCGCUAUGGUACUGCCAUGUAAUAUAGGAGUGACAGAUUUACUCAUAUAGCUAGAAAAUAGGUAGGUUACAAUGUAUUUAUGUUUUUGUAUAUGUAGAAAUAUGCUGCUGGUUUGUACAUAUAGCUAAUUUGUAUACAUGUAUGUGUAUUUAUAUAUAUAUAUAUAUAUAUAUAUAUAUAUAUAUACACACACUAGAAGAUAUGUUUAGCCUUAAUUAGAUAGUUAGAUAGAUAGAUAGGUAGGUAGGUAGGUAGAUGAUAGAAAGAUAUAUUUAUAUAUAGAUAUAUUUAUAUGGCCCUGUACAGAAACCCUUAUCGAUACUAUAUGUUCUAGCUAUGCAGCCAUAUGUGCCUAUAUCUGUCUAUAUAUCUAUACGUGGAUAAUGCAUAGAUGCAUGAAUAGAAAGACCCUAAUGACACGAGCUGAUCUCACAGUACCCAGCCCCAUUGCAGCUGGUACCCACAGGCGCAUGGGGGGAAGGGAGGGGAGGAGGAGGAGGAGAGAAGGUUCUUGAGAACAAUAGAGGAGACAUGGCAGGUUUUGGGCGUGUGCGUGAGCACGCGUGUGAGCACGCCUGUUUGGGGGAUCUGGGUAGCGUGUGUGUCCUACUAGUACAUUGUUUAUACAGAACCAGAACUAUCGAUAGGACAGGCUUGCCAAUAUGGUGGGUUGAUGCCCCCUGGUCUGUUUUUUCUGGAGAUAUUAAUACAGCACAGGACAUCCUAUACUUGGCGUUUUGUAUUUCGUUGGCCAUGUUGGUCUCGUGUCAUUCACGGUCAAGCUACAAUGGCAGAGUUGGUUUACUGGGAUUUAUAACCCAUUCCCCAGACAUUUCUACUGUUGGAUAAUAUGAUAAUUCUAUAGAUAGCAGUUUCCAUUUUCUUCAGUAAAUAAGAACUGGGUCCUUAGUGAAAGGUAUGGCUCAUGGUUGUUUCAAGUGCUGAAGGACAGCUCUCAGGGUCACAGGAUCUACCAUACCCUUACAGAGUCUACUUCUGAAAAAGGUCAACAGAUUAAACACCAAGCAAAGUAGAUUUACUAUUUAAGCAGAUAAUGUGGAGGCUAACUGGCUAUAAUGAUGUUACUGGGAUAUAAGUUAUAUUCUGUUUAAUGAGAUACAUUGCACAAACUGCACACUGUAGCCACACGCAGUGUUACUUGCCCUGUGCCACAGCUUGCAUCGAGCCACUGAUAAAACCUGCCAUAUGCCUCUCUGUCCUGCCAUAACGUCUCUGGAGCCAGUGAUAUAACCUGCCCCAUGCCACCUGUGAUUGCACAUUUGGAGCCACUAACAUGGCUGCCACGUACCACCCACUGUCUGCCUUAGCUUGCCUGGACAUAUCCUGUGCUGUUUUCUACAUAACAUAACCUACCUUACACCCCUCUGUAACCUUACACAGCAUACCGUGUACAGUGUCCCGUGUGCUGCCCAAAUAGCCUGCUUUAUAUUAUUCGGUAUUUAAUGAAGCAUGCACUGUGUCACUGCAUACACUGUGUCACUGCAUACACUGUGCCGCUGGCUGCCUUACAUAGUCUGCCUUAUGCCACUCACUGCCUCACAUGGCGUACCCUGCUCCACUGACUACUUGAGAUCAGCUGCCAUAUACCACGCAUUGUCUGGAAUAGCCUGCCCUUUGCCACACCCUGUGCUCUGUACCAUGUGCUGACCAACACUGUCUGUCCAUGCCAUUCACAAACACAGAUAACUUGCCACGCUUCAUGUAAUCUGCUGACAGUGCUCCAUGCUAGGUGCUGAGUUACACAGGGUGCCCAGUGCCAUGCGAUGGUUGACAUAGGAUGCCCAGUACAAUUUGCUGAGUGACAGAGCCUGCCAAGGACCAUGUGCCACCAACAUAGUCCUCCAAAUGUCAUGUUCUGCCAACAUACUGUGCCCAAUUCCAUGUGCUGCCAACAUAGUCUGCCCAAUGCCAUGUGCUGACUGACAUGGUGUGCCCAAUACCAUGGGCUGCCUGACAUAGUGUGCCCAGUGCCAUGUGCUGACUGACAGUGUGCCCAAUACCACGUGCUGGCUGACAUAGUGUGCCCAAUACUAUGUGCUGGCUGACAUAGUGUGCCCAAUACCACGUGCUGGCUGACAUAGUGAGUCCAAUGCCAUGUGCUGACUGACAUAGUGUGUCCAGUACCAUGUGCUACCAACAUAGUGUGCCCAGUGCCAUGUGCUGCCAAUGUAGUGUGCUUAAUGCCAUGUGCUGACUUACAUAGUGUGCCCAGUACCAUGUGCUACCAACAUAGUGCGCCCAAUGCCGCGUGCUGGCUGACAUAGUGUGUCCAAUACCAUGUGCUGACUCACCUGGAGUGCCCAAUGCCAUGUGCUGGCUGACGUAGUGUGCCCAAUACCAUGUGCUGCAUGACAUGGUGUGCCCAAUGCCAUAUGCUGACUGACAUAGUGUGCCCAGUACCAUGUGCUGCCAUCAUAGUGUGCCCAAUACCAUGUACUGGCUGACAGUGUGCCCAAUACCAUGUGCUACCAACAUCGUGUGCUCAAUGCCACGUGCUGCCUGAUAUAGUGUGCCCUAUACCAUGUGUUGGCUGACCUAGUGUGACCAGUACCGUGUGCUGGCUGACAUAGUGUGCUCAACACCAUGUGCUGGCUGACGUAGUGUGCCCAAUGCCAUGUGCUGGUGACAUAGUGUGCCCAAUGCCAUGUGCUGCCAACAUGGUGUGCCCAAUACCAUGUGCUGUCUGAUAUAGCAUGCCCAGUACCAAGUGCAGGCUGACAUAGUGUGCCCAAUGCCACGUGCUGGUUGACAUAGUGUGCCCAAUACCAUGUGCUGGUUGACAUAGUGUGCCCAAUACCAUGUGCUGCCAACACAGUAUGCCCAAUACCAUGUGCUACCAACACAGUGUGCCUAAUACCAUGUGUUGGUUGACAUAUUGUGCCCAGUGCAAUGUGCUGGCUGACGUAGUGUGCCCAAUGCUACGUGCUGGCUGACAUAGUGUGCCAAAUGCCAUGUGCUGGCUGACGUAGUGUGCCCAAUGCCUCGUGCUGGCUGACCUAGUGUGCCCAAUGCCAUGUGCUGGCUGAUGUAGUGUGCCCAAUGCCAUGUGCUGGCUGACAUAGUGUGCCCAUAUAAUGUGCCCAAUGCCAUGUGCUGGCUGACAUAGUGUACCCCAUGCCACGUGCUGGCUGACAGUGUGCCCAAUACCAUGUGCUGGCUGACAUAGUGUGCCCAAUGCCAUGUGCUGGCUGACGUUGUGUGCCUAAUGCCACGUGCUGGCUGAUAUAGUGUGCCCAAUGCCAUGUGCUGGCUGGCAUAGUAUACCCAAUGCCACGUGCUGGCUGACAUAGUGUGCCCAAUGCCAUGUGCUGGCUGACAGUGUGCACAGUGUUGAAUGGCAUAGUAUUCAUAAUACUUAAACAUGUCAGGCAGCACAUGGCACAAUGUGCCAUGAGUGCCACACACUGCCUUAUCCCACAAUCGGCCUUCCAGUAAGGUCCUGUGCCACGCUAUGCCUGACAAUGCUUGCUUGCGCCAUGUGCCAUCUCACAAGUUUCCUGCCAUUACAGAAAGCACAAAGUCAGGAGUAUAGUCCAAGGCAGAUUAAUUGGAGAAGAAUAGUAACAAUGUUUGGGCUCACGUUGGACCCGUUAUCAUGUGAGCAGAAACGUGAUACUUCUUCUUAAAUAAACCUGCCCUUAAACAAACCUUUCUAUUGUUGUGUCUGUGAGGGAAGUAUACUUAGAGCACUCAGAAAGGCUUCACUGUGAGUGUUUCCUUAUUUUUGUAAAUUUCCUGAUAUUGGCUCCCAGUACAGGAGUCUGUCUGUUGAUAAAAGUUACCUUGUACUACCUUUUGCCCAAAAAUAGUUGCCAUGUAUUACCUAGCAUUGUCUACACCGUGCCACGAAAUGCCUGACAUCAACUGCCACGAGUCACUGAUAUUGGCUGCCUUUUGUUUCCUGAUAUACUCUACCCAGAGCCACAUGCUACCUAACUUAAGGUGCCCCUGCGCGACAUAUGCCAACCUGUGCCAUGAGCCUUGACUGUGUUACACACUACUUAUUACACAUUGACUAACAGAGGGGGAGAGAGAUGGUUACUUUGUGUGCUAGACAGCCCAUGACACAGUGACUGCCACAUAUAUACCCAGUACUUUACACCUACUAACACAGUGACUGCCACAUAUAAACCCAGUACUUCCCACCGACUAACACAGUGACUGCCACAUAUAUACCCAGUACUUCACACCGACUAACACAGUGACUGCCACAUAUAUACCGAGUACUUCACACCGACUAACACAGUGACUGCCAUAUACCCAGUACUUCACGCCAACUAACACAGUGACUGCCACAUACCCAGUACUUCACACCGACUUACAAAGUGACUGCCACAUAUAUACCCAGUACUUCACACCGACUAACACAGUAACUGCCAUAUACCCAGUACUUCACACCGACUAACACAGUGACUGCCAUACAUAUAUCCAGUACUUCCCACCGACUAACACAGUGACUGCCACAUAUAUACCGAGUACUUCACACCGACUAACACAGUGACUGCCAUAUACCCAGUACUUCACGCCAACUAACACAGUGACUGCCACAUAUAUACCCAAUACUUCACACCAACUUACACAGUGACUGCCACAUAUAUACCCAGUACUUCACACCGACUAACACAGUGACUGCCAUAUACCCAGUACUUCACGCCGACUAACACAGUGACUGCCAUACAUAUAUCCAGUACUUCCCACCGACUAACACAGUGACUGCCACAUAUAUACCGAGUACUUCACACCGACUAACACAGUGACUGCCAUAUACCCAGUACUUCACACCGACUAACACAGUGACUGCCACACAUAUAUCCAGUACUUCACACCGACUAACACAGUGACUGCCACAUAUAUACCCAGUACUUCCCACCGACUAACACAGUGACUGCCAUAUAUAUACCCAGUACUUCCCACCGACUAACACAGUGACUGCCACAUAUAUACCCAGUACUUCCCACCGACUAACACAGUGACUGCCACAUAUAUACCCAGUACUUCCCACCGACUAACACAGUGACUGCCAUAUAUAUACCCAGUACUCCCCACCGACUAACACAGUGACUGCCACAUAUAUAAGUCCUGCGCUCACUCCCAUCACUCCUGGGUGGCCGCAACAACCACAGUACCCAUCAGCCACCUUACAUACAGUAAAAACCAAAGAAAAAGUUACCUGCAAUCUCUCCUUAAUCCCUAUGUACAUUUAAACAAAUGGAGGUCAUUUAGUUACUCCAAUGGCCAUUGGAAGGAAUGCCCGCCUGCCAACAUCAAGGCAGAUCCCCCCCUAGACGGGUCCUAUACUGACCUUUUACCUUGCUUCCUUGAGCCCCUGGCAAAGACAUCUCUAAUGAGACAGAGAGGGGUAUUUUUAUAUACACCCCUAUAUAUCUCUAUAUAGCCACACAUAUAUCCAGUACUUCCCACCGACUAACACAGUGACUGCCACACAUAUAUCCAGUACUUCCCACCAACUAACACAGUGACUGCCACAUAAAUACCCAGUACUUCCUACCGACUAACACAGUGACUGCCACAUAUAUACCCAGUACUUCCCACCGACUAACACAGUGACUGCCACAUAUAUACCGAGUACUUCACACCGACUAACACAGUGACUGCCAUAUACCCAGUACUUCACGCCAACUAACACAGUGACUGCCACAUACCCAGUACUUCACACCGACUUACAAAGUGACUGCCACAUAUAUACCCAGUACUUCACACCGACUAACACAGUGACUGCCACAUAUAUAAGUCCUGCGCUCACUCCCAUCACUCCUGGGUUGCCACAACAACCACAGUACCCAUCAGCCACCUUACAUACAGUAAAAACCAAAGAAAAAGUUACCUGCAAUCUCUCCUUAAUCCCUAUGUACAUUUAAACAAAUGGAGGUCAUUUAGUUACUCCAAUGGCCAUUGGAAGGAAUGCCCGCCUGCCAACAUCAAGGCAGACCCCCCCUAGACGGGUCCUAUACUGACCUUUUACCUUGCUUCCUUGAGCCCCUGGCAAAGACAUCUCUAAUGAGACAGAGAGGGGUAUUUUUAUAUACACCCCUAUAUAUCUCUAUAUAGCCACACAUAUAUCCAGUACUUCCCACCAACUAACACAGUGACUGCCACACAUAUAUCCAGUACUUCCCACCAACUAACACAGUGACUGCCACAUAAAUACCCAGUACUUCCCACCAACUAACACAGUGACUGCCACACAUAUACCCAGUACUUCCCACCGACUAACACAGUGACUGCCACAUAUAUACCGAGUACUUCACACCGACUAACACAGUGACUGCCAUAUACCCAGUACUUCACACCGACUAACACAGUGACUGCCACAUAUAUACCCAGUACUUCCCACCAACUAACACAGUGACUGCCACACAUAUACCCAGUACUUUACACCGACUAACACAGUGACGGCCACACAUAUACCCAGUACUUCACACCGACUAACACAGUGACUGCCACAUAUAUACCCAGUACUUCCCACCGACUAACACAGUGACUGCCACAUAUAUACCCAGUACUUCACACUGACUAACACAGUGACUGCCACACAUAUACCCAGUACUUCCCACCGACUAACACAGUGACUGCCACAUAUAUACCCAGUACUUCACACUGACUAACACAGUGACUGCCACACAUAUACCCAGUACUUCACACCGACUAACACAGUGACUGCCACACAUAUACCCAGUACUUCACACUGAGUAACACAGUGACUGCCACAUAUAUACCGAGUACUUCACACCGACUAACACAGUGACUGCCACACAUAUACCCAGUACUUCAUACCGACUAACGCAGUGACUGCCAUAUAUAUACCCAGUACUUCACACUGACUAACACAGUGACUGCCACACAUAUACCCAGUACUUCACACCGACUAACACAGUGACUGCCACAUGUAUACCCAGUACUUCACACUGAGUAACACAGUGACUGCCACAUAUAUACCGAGUACUUCACACCGACUAACACAGUGACUGCCACAUAUAUACCCAGUACUUCAUACCGACUAACACAGUGACUGCCACACAUAUAUCCAGUACUUCACACUGACUAACACAGUGACUGCCACACAUAUACCCAGUACUUCACACCGACUAACACAGUGACUGCCACACAUAUACCCAGUACUUCACACCGACUAACACAGUGACUGCCACAUAUAUACCCAGUACUUCACACCGACUAACACAGUGACUGCCACAUGUAUACCCAGUACUUCACACUGAGUAACACAGUGACUGCCACAUAUAUACCGAGUACUUCACACCGACUAACACAGUGACUGCCACAUAUAUACCCAGUACUUCAUACCGACUAACACAGUGACUGCCACACAUAUAUCCAGUACUUCACACUGACUAACACAGUGACUGCCACACAUAUACCCAGUACUUCCCACCGACUAACACAGUGACUGCCACACAUAUACCCAGUACUUUACACCGACUAACACAGUGACUGCCACAUGUAUACCCAGUACUUCACACCGACUAACACAGUGACUGCCACAUGUAUACCCAGUACUUCACACCGACUAACACAGUGACUGCCACAUGUAUACCCAGUACUUCACACUGAGUAACACAGUGACUGCCACAUAUAUACCCAGUACUUCACACUAACAGUGACUGCCACAUAUAUACCCAGUACUUCCCACCGACUAACACAGUGACUGCCACAAAUAUACCCAGUACUUCACACUGACUAACGCAGUGACUGCCACACAUAUACCCAGUACUUCACACCGACUAACACAGUGACUGCCACAAAUAUACCCAGUACUUCACACUGACUAACGCAGUGACUGCCACAUAUAUACCCAGUACUUCACACUGACUAACACAGUGACUGCCACAUAUAUACCCAGUACUUCACACUAACAGUGACUGCCACAUAUAUACCCAGUACUUCCCACCGACUAACACAGUGACUGCCACAAAUAUACCCAGUACUUCACACUGACUAACGCAGUGACUGCCACACAUAUACCCAGUACUUCACACCGACUAACACAGUGACUGCCACAAAUAUACCCAGUACUUCACACUGACUAACGCAGUGACUGCCACAUAUAUACCCAGUACUUCACACUGACUAACACAGUGACUGCCACAUAUAUACCCAGUACUUCACACUAACAGUGACUGCCACAUAUAUACCCAGUACUUCCCACCGACUAACACAGUGACUGCCACAAAUAUACCCAGUACUUCACACUGACUAACGCAGUGACUGGCUCUCACUUCCUGUGCGAUUCACUGAUUGCCACACAUACUACACAAUAAUGACUGUUUGCACACUUUGCCGACCAUUCCAUUCUGUAUCUAGCCGAGACAGUGUCACACAUCAUGUGAAAGAUUCUAUUCUCAAUUUCCCUAAUCUCCAUUUUGUUUUUAUUUAUUAAUUUAAUGCAAUACCCCACUAUGAAUCCAUUUUCUUUUGUGUCUACCUGGGGCUUAUUUUCCUUUUUAAUAUUCCUACCGUUAUGCCUCCAUAACUCAAAGUGCGUUAGCUGUAGACAUGAGGUUGUGGGGAAAUAAAGCUUCAAGGAGUAUGCAUUGAUGCAGAGAUACGUUGGGGAAGGGGGGGUGAGAUGUAGAUAGUGGAUGAUGAAUGUAGCGUGUUUGCAAUUAUAUGGAGCUGGAAUGAAAUGCCAGAUUGAUGAAAGGGCUCGUGAAAUACAGAGAGAGGAGGGUGGGUUGUGGGAUAUAGAGGGAGAGAUGUAAAAUGGGAGGAUGCGUUAUGUAAGGUGAUUGGGGGGAAUGUGUUGAAUUAUUGGCGAUGAGAGGGAUGGGGUUUUGUGAUAAAUACAAAGAGGUGAAUUCAAAAUUGGGGGUUGUGAAAUACAGGGAUGGAGGUUUUGGAGAAAAAGAACAUGUUUGUAACAAGAAUUAAAAUAAAGUGUUGGCAUUUGUAGACAGAAGGAUGUAAGGAGAGAGGGGAGUGAUAGACAAAAGUGUGGUGAUAAAAGACUGGAAUGAUGGGAGACAGAGAGAGAGAGAGAGGAUAUCUAUAAAGACGGAAUGAGAAACACAGAAUCAGUGAUCCACUUUAUAAUCUCCGUACAGACAGACUGACUGGAAGAAUGGUACUCUGGGUAGCGAUAUAGACACAAUAAGGCCACCUAAAAAAAUUCUAAUAAUACUCAGCGUGCACAUCCUAUAUGUGUCACCCUGUGCUGGGAGGGACAGACUCCAUGUCCCAUAGCUCUCUCCUGUUUGUGUCACCCUGUGCUGGGAUGGACAGACUCCAUGUCCCAUAGCUCCCUCCUGUCUGUGUCACCCUGUGGUGGGAUGGACAGACUCCAUGUCCCAUAGCUCCCUCCUGUCUGUGUCACCCUGUGCUGGGAGGGACAGACUCCAUCUCCCAUAGCUCCCUCCUGUCUGUGUCACCCUGUGGUGGGAUGGACAGACUCCAUGUCCCAUAGCUCCCUCCUGUCUGUGUCACCCUGUGCUGGGAGGGACAGACUCCAUCUCCCAUAGUUUCCUCCUGUCUGUGUCACACUGUGCUGGGAGGGACAGACUCCAUGUCCCAUAGCUACCUCCUGUUUGGUGUCACUCUGUGCUGGGAGACACAGACUCCAUGUCCCAUAGCUCCCUCCUGUCUGUGUCACCCUGUGCUGGGAGGGACAGACUCCAUGUCCCAUAGCUUCCUCCUGUUUGUGUCACCCUGUGCUGGGAUGGACAGACUCCAUGUUCCAUAGCUCUCUACUGUUUGUGUCACCCUGUGCUGGGAGGGACAGACUCCAUGUCCCAUAGCUUCCUUCUGUCUGUGUCACCCUGUGCUGGGAAGGACAGACUCCAUGUCCAAUAGCUCUCUCCUGUCUGUGUCACACUAUGCUGGGAGGGACAGACUCCAUGUCCCAUAGCCCUCUCCUAUCUGUGUCACCCUGUGCUGGAAGGGACAGACUCCAUGUCUCAUAGCUCCCUCCAGUCUGUGUCACCCUGUGUUGGGAGCGACAGACUCCAUGUCCCAUAGCUCCCUCCUGUCUGUGUCACACUGUGCUGGGAGGGAGAGACUCAAGAUGUCAUCAUACUCUGCUCUUUGAGCUCGUACCCCAUUGAUCACCAUGCAUACACAUAAAUAAAGGCAUUAGCAUAUAUUAUCACAGGAUCUAGACUCUAUAAGGAUUAGCACUUACAGAAGGGCAAAUGAGCUAAUUAAGCUUCACAGUUUUGUUUAGACUAAUUACUAUUAUCCUCUUUGUAACAAGAAGCCUGCACAAUCGGCUUUGCAUGCAGAGACUCUCUUAAUGACACUUAACAGAACGAUGUGACCUCAGUGGGUCGGUGCAGAAGUAUGCGCUCUACAGCUGCUGGAAUAGCUGGUGGUACUCACCAACAAACAAUACACCGUACAUAAUGGUAAUAUACAUCGGUUUCCUACUUUAAAUCUCUCCCAUAAUCCUCUAUUUUACGUUUUAUGUCCCUCUAGUAAACCUCUAUAUACAGCGGUAUAUCCCUUCCCCAAAAAUACGGGGGGCCAAUAUCCCCUCUAAGUACUCCUUUGCGCUUGCUCCAGCACAGUUAAAAGUAGAAAAGUGAAUUUAUCUUUAAAAUAUGUUAAAAACAGGUUUAGAUCCUAUGACUUUCCUCCCAUUCGGGACUUUCUCAGGGAAAAAUAUUAAAAAGCAUGCACAAUGCUAAUAACCAUAACACUCCCUGCCGAGUCCCGCUUUAAAUUGCCGCUUCUUUGACCUCCCUGGUCCUCCUGCAUGUCUCCUCCUACUUGAUCCUGAAGGGAUGGUCCCCCUCGCAGCUGUAUUCAAUAAAUGGAGUUCUUGGGAGCAUGCGCGUUGGCUCUCCAUAAACUGAGUGUGUCUGAGAUUUCUUACAGAGUACUUGAUACGGCUAUCUUUUAAACCUCUGCCCAGUAGUUAUUCCAUGACUACAGCAAUUUUUUUGGCCACAGUACAAUCUAUAAAAGAAUCCAUAUGUUACUAAUCACAUUGUUUAGUCAAUUCAGUCUUUAUAGUACCACUUAAUGAAUGUAUAGGAAGACAGGGGCAUGGGAUCGCCUUACUUCAUAAUUUAUGCUAUGAGAAUAGGUGAUUGGAAAUAUCUUUAAAGGACUUAUCUGAGCACCAUAACAACUUAAUCUCAAUUAAAUUGUUAUGGUGCAUGUAGCCACCUUCUCACCUUAACGGGUUAUAUUCUUAUUAAUUAUUAUGAUGUUGUUAUGGUGCACAGAGUGUCCCUUUAAAUAUCAUUCUGCUAUAAUUCUAUUUAACCCCUUCACAAACUGUGUAUGUGCGUAUGUGCAUUCACCCCAAGACAUAGGUUUGCCAAAUUGUUAUUUAAAAGAGGAAAGCAUGUUAAUCAAUGUAAUAUCUCAUAUUAUGUCCAAUAGUUUUUUUCAUAAAACGGUGACCUCGUACCCUUAUCUGCAGAACUGUCUGUAUUCUUACUCUUAUUCCCAUUUUUCCUAUUCUCUUGCUUUCUGUGUGACGCCUUCUCUCACCACCCUCCGCCUCUCUUCUUUAUUCUCUAUUCUUAGAUUGCUUUGCUAAAGUGAGGAGGGAGCAUCUAUUUUAGUGGAACGCGUUUACACCCAGGAGUUAUUUUUAUUCUCUUCUAUUUCCUGAAUUCACCUGAAAAAUUGAGACAAUGUGGGUUGUGGCGGCGCAUCUAAUAAGCCAGUAUUGCUCUACGAUAUAUUUAUAGUGCAGUAACCUAUCCUCAUGGCAUAUAUACACAGCACAAUCACAGUGCCAGUCUAUCUCAUGGCAUGUAUACACAGUACAGUCAUAGUGCCAGUCUAUCUCAUGGCAUAAAUACAGUACAGUUACAGUGCCAGUCUAUCUCAUUGCAUAUAUACACAGCACAGUUACAGUGCCAGUCUAUCUCAUGGCAUAUAUACACAGUACAGUUACAGUGCCAGUCUAUCUCAUGGCAUAUAUACACAGCACAGUUACAGUGCCAGUCUAUCUCAUGAUAUAUAUAUACACAGUACAGUUACAGUGCCAGUCUAUCUCAUGAUAUAUAUACACAGUACAUUAACAGCGCCAGUCUAACUCAUGGCAUGUAUACAGUACAGUUACAGUGCUAGUCUAAUUCAUGGCAUAUAUACUGAGUACAGUUACAGUGCCAGUCUAUCUCAUGGCAUAUAUACUGCCAGUCUAUCUCAUGGCAUACAUACAGUACUGUUACAGUGCCAGUCUAUCUCAUGGCAUGUAUACACAGUACAGUCAUAGUGCCAGUCUAUCUCAUGGCAUAAAUACAGUACAGUUACAGUGCCAGUCUAUCUCAUUGCAUAUAUACACAGCACAGUUACAGUGCCAGUCUAUCUCAUGGCAUAUAUACACAGUACAGUUACAGUGCCAGUCUAUCUCAUGGCAUAUAUACACAGCACAGUUACAGUGCCAGUCUAUUUCAUGAUAUAUAUAUACACAGUACAGUUACAGUGCCAGUCUAUCUCAUGAUAUAUAUACACAGUACAUUAACAGUGCCAGUCUAACUCAUGGCAUGUAUACAGUACAGUUACAGUGCUAGUCUAAUUCAUGGCAUAUAUACUGAGUACAGUUACAGUGCCAGUCUAUCUCAUGGCAUAUAUGCUAGCAGUCUAUCUCAUGGCAUACAUACAGUACUGUUACAGUGCCAGUCUAACUCAUGGCAUAUAUACACAGUACAGUUACAGUGCCAGUCUAUCUCGUGGCAAUAAAUACACAGUACAGUUACAGUGCCAGUCUAUCUCAUGGCAUAUAUACUGAGUACAGUUACAGUGUCAGUCUAACUCAUGGCAUACAUACAGUACGAUUACAGUGCAAGUCUAACUCAUGGCAUAUAUACACAGUACAGUUACAGUGCCAGUGGCAUAUAUAUACACAGUACAGUUACAGUGCCAGUCUAUCUCAUGGCAUAUAUACACAGUACCGUUACAGUGCCAGUCUAACUCAUGGCAAUAAAUACACAGUACAGUUACAGUGCCAGUCUAUCUCAUGGCAUAUAUACUGAGUACACUUACAUUGCUAGUCUAUCUCAUGGCAUACAUACAGUACGAUUACAGUGUCAGUCUAACUCAUGGCAUACAUACAGUACGAUUACAGUGCCAGUCUAUCUCAUGGCAUAUAUACACAGUACAGUUACAGUGCCAGUCUAUCUCAUGGCAUAUAUACUGAGUACAGUUACAGUGCCAGUCUAACUCAUGGCAUAUAUACACAGUACAGUUACAGUGCCAGUCUAUCUGAUGAUAUAUAUACACAGUACAUUAACAGCGCCAGUCUAACUCAUGGCAUAUACACACAGUACAGUUACAGUGCCAGUCUAUCUCAUGGCAUAUACACACAGUACAGUUACAGUGCCAGUUUAUCUCAUGGCAUAUAUACGCAGUACAGUUACAGUGCCAGUCUAUCUCAUGGCAUACACACACAGCACAGUUACAGUGCCAGUCUAUCUCAUGGCAUGUAUACACAGUACAGUUACAGUGCCAGUCUAGUCUAUCUCAUGGCAUACAUAAACAGUACAGUAAAAAUAUAAGGAGCACAAUAACAUAGACAUCUCAUGGCAUGUUUAUAUGCCACCCUAUCAUGGCGUCUGUAAAACAGUAUGGUUUCAAUGCCAAUAUACAUAAUGGUAUAAAUAGAACAGUUACAUUGCCAAUUUAUACAAUCAUGGCAUAUAUACAUAUAAAGUAUACGCCAUGAAUUUCUUGGUUUAGUGAGUAAGCCUUCAACAUAAUACAGUCAGUGGCAAUAUUACUUUUACAUAUUAACUAAACCAAUAAUGCCAACUUCUUCUCCCACAAACAAACACCAAGGUGAUCUAACAUGCCAGGUGUAUGCACCGUGAAGGUAGAAUACAGGUAACAGCUGUGCCACACUCUCUGCUCCCAAGCAUGUGCCCCCUGUGGCAGUGCCAGUCUGCACCUCCCUACAUUGCACUAGACAUUGUUAACCCACACAAGGGAUGUAAGCAGAUAUACCAUGCUGGUGUCAGGCAGAGAUUGGACACUGACCUGAAAGGCUCAUUGUAGCUAGAAUGAGUUUAUUCCCUUCCUCCCUCUCUGCUCACACACAUCUCUACAUCUUAAUAUUCUGCUUUUAUUGCCUUUCUCUACCUAUUAUAAAUUCUUUUACAUGCCUAAGCUGUCAUCUUCUCUCUUUUUUUUGAACUUUCUGGCCACUAAAAUUUUCUUAAAAUAUGCCAUGUUUCUCCAGCCCCUUUUUAUAAAUAUAAAUCAAACAUCCAGUGUAUCAGGAAUCUCAGAAUACUAGGACAUGUAGCUAACUCUGGUCUUGAAGGGUUAAUUUAGGGAAGAUAUGAUUCUAUAGUCAAUAAAAUUGUAGGCCAGUUAUACAUUUUCUGUACUUGCCAUUUGACUCCACAGGAUAAUCUGUGAUUUGAUAUAUCAUUUAACGGGCAAUAUUUAUUCCCAUAUUCCAUUUAGACAGUGAUACACUGAGAUACAGUAAUUAAAAUGUUAACAUGGUAUAUGAAGUUCUGAUAUUCAUUUCUGUAAUAUUUUUAGCAUGGUUAUUAUAUUUUUAUUAUAUUGUUGCUGUAAGGCACAUGUCGACUUUACUCAUGUCAUCCAACAUUAUCCAACAUUUGAAGACCUAGAUAUUUUUGCAACACAUUUUUCGUCAUGCUCAGUCAGCCUUUGUUCAGAAAUAUUUUGGGUGCUAAAGUUAGACAUAACUGCACUAGAACAGUCUAAUUUGAGAUAACCUAAAAAUGCAUUGCAUCUGGGGAUAAAUACCUUUCAUAGUAAAAUGAUGUAUAUAUAUAUAUAUAUGUGGUGCUCAGUCAGGAUGAUUUAUGCACGCUGUUGCAUGCCUCCCAAUUGUCCCUAUUUAGGAGGAAUAGUCCAUAUUUUGAGCCCAAAACUCUUUGCCCUUCUUUUCUAUCCUAAUGUCCCUCUUUUCUAGGAGCUCCUUAUUGUUGGUGUCUCUGUGUGUAUAACAGAGCUUCACAGCAAUAAUACUCCCAGUAAUGUGUCUGAGUGUAUAACAGAGCUUCACAGCAAUAAUACUCCCAGUAAUGUGUCUGAGUGUAUAACAGAGCUCCACAGCAAUCAUACUCCCAGUAAUGUGUCUGAGUGUAUAACAGAGCUCCACAUCAAUAAUACUCUCAGUAAUGUGUCUGAGUGCAUAACAGAGCUCCACAGCAAUAAUACUCCCAGUAAUGUGUCUGAGUGUAUAACAGAGCUCCACAGCAAUAAUACUCCCAGUAAUGUGUCUGAGUGUAUAACAGAGCUCCACUGCAAUAAUACUCCCAGUAAUGUGUCUGAGUGUAUAACAGAGCUCCACAGCAAUAAUACUCCCAGUAACGUGUCUGAGUGUAUAACAGCUCCACAGCAAUAAUACUCCCAGUAAUGUGUCUGAGUGUAUAACAGAGCUCCACAGCAAUAAUACUCCCAGUAAUGUGUCUGAGUGUAUAACAGAGCUCCACAGCAAUAAUACUCCCAGUAAUGUGUCUGACUGUAUAACAGAGCUCCACAGCAAUAAUACUCCCAGUAAUGUGUCUGACUGUAUAACAGAGCUCCACAGCAAUAAUACUCCCAGUAAUGUGUCUGAGUGUAUAACAGAGCUCCACAGCAAUAAUACUCCCAGUAAUGUGUCUGUGUGUAUAACAGAGCUCCACAGCAAUAAUACUCCCAGUAAUGUGUCUGUGUGUAUAACAGAGCUUCACAGCAAUAAUGCUCCCAGUAAUGUGUCUUUAAACUACAAUAAAUGUAUUUAGAAAUCAGUCUGUGUAAAUAAGAUACACUGUUUUUGUUCUAAAUUGCAUUUUAGUUGCAUAAAAUAUUAUUAGCAAAUAGCUGAAAAUUUCUCAGAAGUGUCCUGCCUCUUGGCACAUCCCCGCUCACAUCCUUAAAAUUAAAGUGUCCAUAUUUGUCCAUUUGAAAUAUUGGGAGUAGUGAGUUGUCUAAAUUGCCAACAAAUAUAUAUAUAUAUGUGUCUAUUAUGGAUCAGUGAUUGUGUAGGCCUCCUCCAAGAUGGCCACUGAAAAUGUCUGCCUAGAUAUUCACUCACAGCAAUCUGAACUCAAAUGAAAUGGUUUUGGUGCAUGGGUUAUUUGGGGGGCCACACUUCAUAGAAAUCUGUGCACCAGAAAUAAAACAGCAAUUAUUUUGUAUAAAGCCACAUAUAUCAAUACAUGUGCUUGCUGUUUAGCUGUUACAACGUAUAGAUCAAAUUUGCAGCACUGUUGGCCUCCAGCAAAUCUGAUCUAACAGACUCCCUUUGAGCGUUGUAGAAAUUGGUUUCUGUGUGUGUGCUUGUGUAUACGAGGUCUUGCUUAUAAUACAGGACGUAAAGAUUACAGAAGAUGCAGUUUCUAUGGCAACCGGGCUAGUAGGCCUCAGGCCUAUGGUUCUAUUUUUUAAAGCCUUCUGAAGGCAGAUGUCAGAAAAUGAUUUGUAUAAAGAGAAAGGACAGAAACUGAGAGCUUGCUGGAUAACAUUACGCCACUUGCAAUUUUAAUAGUUUGGUUUGUCAAAAUCUUAAAUUCACAAAUAAUCAUUAAAAUGAACAUUUUCUACAAACUACACAAUGCAGGUUUAAUGAAAGAAAGCAUGGCAUUAUAUUAUGCACUUUCCCUACUCUGAUCUGUGACCUCACACUGAGCUACUGAAUGGAUUAUUUAUAACAUUUCAUAUUACAGUUAUAAUUUAUUCAUCAACAUUUUUUUUAUUAUUUCUGAUUAUUUGUCCUUUUUAAUUCAUCGAUUGCUAGAGGAAUAAUGACUACAUUAUGUUUUAACAUGCUUCCUGACAAUCUCAGUAGAUUUAUUUAAAACACGCUAAACUGUGGUAAACUGAAAAACAAAGAGCAAAUAUUUAAAUUUUUAAAAAAUGUUUAAGAGUUUUACAUUUUUAAAUUCAUCCAUACGCUCACUCUUGGGUGUAAUCAUGUGGGGACAAAUCAAAAGCUGUUGGGGCUGUAAAUGUGUGAUAUGGACAUGAAUAUGAGGAAGAGUUUGGCGUUACUCCACGGAAUUUUAGGGACAGCUGCGGAAUCCCCUAUUACCAGCCCCUACAUAGUUAUUUACUAAAUUGUGAAUUGUCAGGAAUAAAAGCCAAACGCAAUGAUUAUUUCAAAUUUUUGGUCACAAUUAUCAAUAUUUAAACAUACGUAACUUGCAUAAUAAGAUUUGCCUCUACUGGCCUAAAAUUCAUACAUUAGAGAAUAAAAUUUUUAGUUACUGAACCCAACUGAGCAUAGGGUGGGGUUUCAGUCAGUGUCCUAUGUAAUGUAUCUGUCUGCGAAUAAAAUGUCACCAGUCCUACACAAUUCGGCAUCAAGUGAUUAGCAAUAGUUUCUUAACUUCCUCUACGCUACAUUAUAUCAAACUACACUAUGUGCACUGUUUUUUUUUUAGCUAUUUAUUUUUUUACCCCGUGACUCUAAGCUUUGUGGUAAAGAGAAAAAAAGACUCUAGUGCACAAAAGCUUUUUUUUCCCAUAACUCUCAGCCACAUUGCCUCAAUGCAGUUUCUGUACAUCUGCUGUUGGGACCAUAAGGGUACAGUUUGAUUGUGCUCCUCUACGGGCGCAGACUAGCACAUCUGCCCUUUUGUCUUUAAGACUGAUAUGUGCUCUCUUUCCCUAAUUAACACUCAACAUAAAGGUAUGUAGAUUAAUGGCAAAAAAACGGUUUCCAUGGAUCCGCGAUCCCCUUGUGACUCAAUCAGCUCUCAAUGCAAUAGAGGCCCUAGCAAUGGCUGGCCCUCUGUUACCAAGCAAGAAGAAAGUAUAAACAAAGAGAUUUAUUGGGAAAAAUAGUAGAUAAGGAACAGUCAUGACAUGGUAUAACACAGAGUACUUACAUACAAGAAUUGUUAAAACAAAAUCCCAAUAAUUAUUGUAUUAACUUUUACCAUUAAUAAACAUAUAAAUAAACUAUGUGACGUAAAGGGAAAGAGUCACAUUUUUUGAUAUGAGAAUAUAAAUAAACAAUGUGACUUAAAGGGACACUGUCACAUUUAGAAAUGAGAAUACAAGUAAACUAUGUGACUUAAAGGGACACUGUCACAUUUUGAAAUGAGAAUAUAAAUAACAGCAGUCACACUAUGUAUAAAUAACUUAUAUAUACAUACACACAUAUAUUGUUAGCACCCACUAUUCUGCGCCAGGCAGAGCCCCCUGUAUUUUUAGUAAAAUAAUGUCACUGUCACAUUACCCGUGUAAAUGGCCAUACUAUGUGACAGGCCCACUUUAAACAUGGGCACUCAACAUAUACUUCUCUUAAAAUGUCCUCACAAUGUGUAAAAAAUUACAGUGCAGUUUAGAUGUAAGACGUAACACACCGUUGUAAAAUUUGCAACCCCCCACCGGCCCUGUUUAUUUCCACCCCCACCUCAAACCUAACAACCACUGCUUUAUGUCUUUGACUUUAAUCACAGAUCUCAAUUUGCCUGACAUACAAGUCAGUAAGGGACAAUUCAACACACAUCCUCCACCUAUUUGAAAAUAAGUGACAGGGUUUUUUAAAAAAAGUACCAAUUGAGCAGUCAUUGGGGGAUAGGAAUUCAGGGGCGUGCUGUGAAAUUUAUUCGGAGCAUAUGGCAAUGAGUAUAUUACAAUGUGUUCAGAACCUUGAUUAUAUCUCGUUUAACACUUUUCUGGACUAUCAGAAAAAAAAUAUAAAGCUAGCAUGUUUAUUGUAGAAUGCGCUAACACAUGCAAGAGACCAUUUGCAGUGAUCUGAGCUUGCGCAAGCUAUGAGGCCUAUUUAUAAGAGCUUGACUCCAUCCAAAUUCUGGUUUCAACCUUCCCAAACGAGGUUUGCUUCUCGUUGUAAUUCUGUCUAACUCCAAAAUCUGAUAUAUUAUUGCAAAAGCGUUUCCAGAACAGCAAAUGGUAAAAUUCUGUUAACCUUAGUAUUGUGAGAGCGGUAUAACCGGACGCAUCUUAUAUCUUACUGGAGCUGCAGACUAUACUGCCAUGUUUGACUGUGGCUCAUAAACUCAAAGAUUAAAAAAAAUAUAUACAUUUUUGUACAGUAAAAGAGGUUUGCAUCAGACAUGAGCGCCCAGUAAUCUGUGCAUUAAUACCAAAAAGGAAUUUCACCAUAACUACUAAGUCCAAUGUGAAAAUGGCACGUAGCACUUCCAUACAUAUCUAAAUAUUUUUUGCUAAAUAAAAAAUUGCUUUUGAUGGGUUCAGAGUUUGAACGUACGAAAGCUGAAUGAAUAUUCAGUGGCUGUCUGCGAAUGAUUUAGUACAAGAUAUUGCCGAUUGGGACUACAUUUCCCAUCAUACUUGGCAAGUCUGACUAUUCACCAGUAUCUACAGUGCUCAGGUUAGGUAUUCGUACAUGUAGUUCACAACAUUAGCAGCUGAGUUGCCAAAUCUUGCUUACUGCUGACAAAAGUUGUUAAAAUACAUUACAACUGUCCUCUACUGUCAGAGGAUUUGUGCCUGUUUAAAAAUGCCGAAUAUCAGCAAUCUGCUUAAUUAAAAAUGCAAAAGGACAAGAUAAUAAUAUUUUAUUGACUUUUGUUUUAUAGAGUUUGUAUAAAAAUGCAUGAAUAUGUUUAAUACACAUUCAUUAAUCUGAUUGAGCUGCAUAAGAAAUAGAAACCUGCCUGUUCACAUUCGUUAAUGUGUCCCAUUUUUAUUUAAAUGGAAAACAAAAACUAUUUUAAUUGAAUGUUUUUUUUAGGAUAAUUGUCCUUUACAGGGGCUGUCGAUAAUAAGCCAGCAAUUACGGUAUAACCUCUAGGAAAAAACAGUAUCAAACAUACUGGAUUACAUUCACUAAACCAUGAAUCGUGCAGAACUGUUGAGGGAAUUACAACUUUUAGGAGAAAUUAACCAAGCUGCACAAAAACAGGAAUUCCAGAUUUCGUUCCAGAUCAGCAAUUAUGCACAAAAAAAUUGCAGUUCAUUGUCAAUUCUCUACAAUUCCCACAUUCGUGACUAAAACCUGCUUGUUUAAUUCAAAAUAUUGCUGCAGCUGCGGAGUGGUAGGCAGCUAGGCCUCAAAAUGUUGUACAGCAAGCAAGGCCUUUCUCCCUUACACGUAGCCGUGAAUAAGUAGAAAAGAAGGUUUCAGCCCCAAUUAUACGUGCUGAUGAUUUGUAUGGACUGCUGAUGCCAUGAUAACUAGGUCAAAAGGAACGUGGAAGAAAUAUCUUCAGGGAACAAACAUAUAUAUUUAUAUUUUUCCUGACGAAACACUCAAAGAGUGAGCUUUAGGUUGAAAAGAUAUAAAUCUUUGUGCGGAAUGUGUUUAACCCUUUCCUGCCCGGAUUACAGAAGUUGAGCUAAUAACGAUUUAAUACUUGCUCUGUCCCUCUUGCUACGUUAAUCCCACCCUGGAAGAUGUAAAGGGUCUUUAAAGCAUUAUGCAGCUAAAAUCUCAUUAAAUAUGUCCUGCUUUUUCUCCACUGUCUUGCUAAUUAAAGGAACCAGACAGAUGCCGUCUUUCUCUCUCCCCUUCCCUCCUCCCCCCCCGUUAAAGAUUCAGCGACAGUCCCAUUUUGUAGAGAUCGUGAUUGAAUGAGAAAAGCCUGAAUUAUCUGAUCAGCCCAUAGUCUAACAGUUAUUUUAACACAGUACACAUUAUUGGCUAUAUGAAAACUAUAUAUAUUUUUUCAUGUUUUCAGGGGCUAAUUAAGGAUUUGUAGAUAACAGUAGAUUGUUUGCCACCACACGGUGCUUUAUAUAUAUAUAUAUAUAUAUAUAUAUAUAUUUUUUAUUUUAUUUUUUUUUUAAGUUUUUUUAUUUUUAUUAAACUGGAAUUCACAAGGAAAUUUUACAUUUUAUGCCCACAAACCUGUGUAGAGAAAUUAGAGUUAGAUAAAAUUUUCAGUUUCUGCUACGUUGGUCUAAAAUUCAGUAGUCAAGUUCAGAACAGUUGUAAUUUUACCCAAAAAACCCUGCUGGGACAGUAUGGUAUGGAAAAAUUACUCCUAGGGCUUUGCUGUUAAGUCAUUAAUCUGAUUGAUCAACCGUGGGACCCCAGGGAUUUUCUCUGCCAUGGUCUGAAUUACCCCAAAUUGGGACAUGCUGUUGGGUAUAAGACACGAGCUGAGCCGGGCCUAAAAAAAAAUAUAUCUUUACAUAUUCCUUGUCCUUUUCUUGAGCUGAGUUUGAGAGCAAUUCUGGGCCUUAACUAUAGUGAAUGAAAAAUUAUGUAUUUUAGUUUCCUGUAUAUUUUGCGUACUCAUACAUUAACAGGAAGAUUCCCUACUCCCACCUCCAUUCGUCCUCAUGGUGCAACAAAAAAAGACUGGCCUACUAAUUGGUUCAAUUAUGCUACUUGCCUUUUACUGAUUGGUUCAUUGUUUAAAAUCUUACAUUAAUCUAAUUAUUUCUAUUGGUGUAAUUACAAGAACAUAAAUACUGUGCUUUACUUUAAUGUAAGACUUAAUUCUAACGCGGGAUGGAGGCUUAAAAAUAGACACUCGCUAACUGCAGAAUAAGUAUAAAAUUGCAGCAGUUUUGUUAAGUUCUGCUCGUUGUAGUGUAAAAUUGCAGACCCUAUACAUCACGCUGCGAAGGCUGACACUUUCUGCCAUAACAAGGACACACUCACUAUAUUUAUUUGUAAUGCCCCAACAUAUUUCACACUGUUUUACACAUGUGCAAAACUCAAACUAGGCCUGAACUAAUGCUUAUAAAAAAAAAUCAUAAAGUUAAAUAAAAGAAAUUGAUUAUUUUACAUUAAAUAGCAAUGCAUUAUACAAUUCAGAGGCCUGGGCUGCCCCAGUUUUAGCAGAGCCCAACCUACUGACUGUUCUUAGGAGAUACCGUUAUGGGAGUAAUCAGCCUUCUAAGACUCAGUGCAGUUUAGAGUAUUCUCAGGACCCUAUAAUGAGUUACCAAAUAUGUUUCAAAUAGGGACUGCACACAUCCUAUCAGGUAAUACACUGGUAGUCCAGGCUCAGGGGAUGGCAAAUCCCCUAGAGUACUCCCCAAAAAAUGAAAGUCCAGGCACACAGAUUCUUUUAUAGUGCAGACAUUUUAUUGAAAUAAACAACAUCUUAACUGAAUAGCAAUAACCUGGACAUUCAUAAAUCCACUAAUGUAGAUAAAAUGAUUAAUCUUUAUAAUUGGGAUUUAGUUGCUUAAUAUCCUAUAGCUGGAUAGGUAGCUAGACAGCCAGUCAGACAGACAGGAUGAUAGAUCGACAGACAGAUUUACAUUCACAUGUGUUUAUACAUCUAUUUGUAGAAAAUUUCCUUUUUUUGGAUUUUAAUUGGUUGGUUUGAGAAUACCCAAAACAAAACAUAGUUUUACAGUUUUUUUUCAGUUACCCUUGCAGUGUUUAUUACAAACGGCCUAGUGAGGCUUAAAAUUUAGGAAUGGCUAUUGGAUGUUCUCCCCCUGAGUGUCAUUGGAGUCUCACGAAAUGUGCAGACAUCUCCAAUACUUAUUGCCUUAACCUACCCAGUCACAGCACUAACAUGGACUAUAAUGGUAUAUGUGAAUACGUUGCGCCAUCUAGUCAGGUAUUUCCCAAGCAUUCGUGAAAUCCUUUACUGUACUAGCCAUUCCUAUCUUUACUGGAGGGCGAUUCCAUGCAACAACUCCCCAGUGAAUUAUUUUAGCGCCUAGGGUUAUAAUGCACUUUUUUGCACUGUGACUCAGAGUCUUCUACCUCAUCAAUUAAUUCUUAUAUCUGCAUUCUCCCAAGUCAAUGAGGAGCAGAGAUCCUCUUAUUGCUACCGUGCACAGAGAUCAUGGUUCACAAAGGAUAUUGGUACAGGAGACCUAAUUAAGGUUUCCAGUACAUAAACGUGUCAUUCACUGCGAGAGGGUGACAAUGUAUGAUGAUGACUGGGGGAAACCUGUAUGAAUCACUAUGAAGUAAAAAGGAGCCACGCACAGGAAUAUUACAUAUUAAAAUUAAGUCACUUUGCUCUCAUUCUGAUUUUAACGUUAGCUUCUGUUAAAGACACUCCCUUCUCAAAUUUAAAAUAAAUAAAUUAAAUAAACUAAUUAAAAUCAUUAUUUAGUAGAUUUACCCCAAUGAAAACAUGUAUAUAUGUAAUUAUGUGUUGUUUGUUUUCAUUGGGAACGAUCUAAAACUAGCUUGCAAACUAGCUUGUCUGCAGAAUUUCCAAGCCCUCCCCUUCUAACCCCGCCCAGAUGUUCUGUGACUGUCCAAUCACAGACUUCCCAAUGCCGCUCAAUGAGGAGUCUUUGCAAGGCAGGUGUUCUGGGAAAUUGCUGACUCUUGAGUUUAGCUCCACUGAGCUAACCAAACCAGGAAGUAACAUGAACUGUUGCCUGAUUGGCAGCCAGGGGUGUGUAACAAGGUUAAUUUUAAAGGUGUCAAUUUCUAUUGAACCUUGCACCAUUUGUAGAUGGAAAAAGAGGGCACAUAAAGCAAUUCAGCAAGCUAAGGUGUUUGGAGUGAUCCUUUACGGAUGCCAGCUUUGACAGUAAUAAAAUGUCCUGACUUUUAAAUACACCAACAUAUCCAGGGUUGGAAAUGCUAAAGAUUUCAAUUGGAUUUAGUAAGUAGUUUAGUUGGGGCUUUUAUCAGUUUCCUAAUGGAAAUUGUAAACCUCUUUGUAACUUGAUCUUAUAAGUGUAUGAUAUUGACAAUUUACUGAAAGUUACCCAUCACUAUUUUUACAGAGAUGGACAUACUCUUUAUAUUGAUUUUAAUAUUGAUUCAAAUAUUACUAGCAUAGCUGACAGUGUCGUCAAUAAAACAUUUCUCUUCCUGAAAUAUAUUCUAGUCAUUAUAGCUAUUUUUAACUUUUUAACCAGAUGGUGAACACUAUUGUUACUUUUUGUAGAGAUUUCAUACCGAUUUAUGAAUUUCCCUUACGUCAGAUUUAAAUCAGAAAAAUUCUGUAGUAAUGAAGAAAAGGAGUGUGCACUCUCAGGGCUAUUCCAAACACCAUGACAACUUCAGUGACUUGAAGUGAUCUUGGUGCUUGGAGUCUGUGCAGCAUACCAAGUUUAACCCUUUGGCUGCUUGUUAACUACUUCACCUUUAGCAGCAUUGUAAGGCAUCACUAGCCAGCCCGGUACAAGAGUUCUGGACUGGCUAAUAUACAUUUUGUGCAAAUUUGCACUCACAGUGUGCCAUUCAUUGGCGUUGAGUGGUCAGCUGAUGCUUUCUUCCACUGGAUGGCGAUUGGAUUGGCUUUCGGCUGGAAGUACAUCACCGAGCAGGAGAGGAGACUAGGAGCGUGGCGUGACCCAGGUAAGAGGGCAAACUUUGCUAAACGGUUUGCCCCAUUACCGGAGAACCGAGCCAGAGUACUCCUGGCAUCAUAACAACUGCUACAGUAGGCUCUAUUAGUUUAGGUCUUGCACUAAAACUCCCACUACUUCUGGGCGGCAGAAAUGACUAGAGUACAUAUCAGCCCCAAUCUAUGGGGAAAAAAGCAAAGAAAAGAGUUACUUGCACACUUACUUGCAGGUUUUUAUUAUCACUCCAAUGGAAAUUUAAGUAUACGCUAACCUGCCACGUCAAGGCAAACCUUUUUUUUUUACCUAAAGCUGAAAGAAGCAAGGUGAAUUGUUAGUGUAGGACUCGCCUAAGAGGAUUGCCUUGACGUGGCAGGUGAGCUUACACUUAAAUGGCCAUUGGAGUGAUAAUAAAAACCUUUAGUUAUUUAAAUGUGCAAAGGUAUUUGGGAUAGUGUGCAAGUAACUCUUUUAUUUGGUUUCUAUUGGUUUAGGCCUCACCUGGGCCCCUUUCAAGUUCUUUAAAAAAUGUUCUCUACAUAUUGUAACGCAGUCAGCAUGGGAAGCUAGAUUUCCGUCUAACUAAUUUGGAUCAGUAAUAAGAGAUUUAUGGUAUUAGAUUUUUAUUUAUAGAAAAAUACUCUUACUCUUAAUCUUAUGUUAUAAUCCUGAAUUAAUAUUAAAUCAUCGUUAUGAAUGAUUCCAGAGGUCUUCCAAGCCAUUUCACAGAUUAUUAGGUUGGUGUCAUGCAGAGAUUCACUGAUUAUGCAUCAUUUCGUUUUUUUCUGGAUGUAUUAUUAUAUAAAUGUAACAUGACUAAAAGGUUUGGGACAUAAGUAGACCAGAAAUUCAGAUGCCAUCAAAUGGUUUUAGUCAACUGUUAAUGUCACGUUUAUUUGAUCAGAUAUGGAUGUUCUCACAUUUAGGUUGUCAAAUAUUAAUGCAUACCUCCAAACAUGUCAAAUGAAGAAAGUCAGUGGGACUGCAACCAGGGGCGAGGCUGUUCUGAGAUAUUUUAGGCUAUUUGCUUAUAAAAGUUUAUGCAACUAAAAUGUAAUUUGGAACAUGAACAAUGUAUCUUAUUUACACAGACUGAUUUCUAAACACAUUUAUUGUAGUUUAAAGACCCAUUACUGGGAGUAUUAUUGCUGUGGAGCUCUGUUAUACACUCAGACACAUUACUGGGAGUGUUAUUGCUGUGGAGCUCUGUUAUACACUCAGACACACCAAUAAUAUGGAGCUGCUAGAAAAGAGGGAGAUUAGGAUAGAGAAGAGGGACAGAGGGAUUUUGCCCAAAAUAAGGACUGUACCCCCUAAAUAGGGACGUUAUAAGAAUAUGAUGGAAAUAUGUUGGUGAGACCUGACAUUCAUUGUGUCUCCCUCUCCUCUUCCCUCCAGCAGAUAAUUAGCACCAUGGAGACCCAGGCCAGUAAUGGUCCAGGCAGUGCCGGGAUAUUGAACGGAACCAACGGAGCAGCUGAUGACAGCAAAACUAACCUGAUUGUUAACUACCUGCCACAGAACAUGACCCAGGAGGAAUUCAAGAGCCUGUUUGGCAGCAUUGGAGAUAUUGAGUCCUGCAAGUUGGUCAGAGACAAGAUCACAGGUACAACAAUUGUUUAAUAUUCCCUGCAUGCAGCACAGAUGGGGCAAGGAAAGGAAGACUGGGCAUGAAGGUCAGGGCAGAGUUAGAGCAAGGUUUUAUUUACUAAACAGUGAGUUGUGGUGGGUUAAAACUCCCAAACUCAGUCCGAGUUGGAGAUGUUUUUCCAUAUUUGAUAUGUUGUUCUGCAGGUAUAGCUAGGUGGUCAAUAACUCUUUGUUCAGUAAAUAACGCUCGAACAUGACAGCUUGGGUCCAUAACCUCCUUCCCCCAAUACUUUGGCACAAGAAACUAUAGAAAAUUGCAUGUGGGUUAAGGGCAUGGAUCACAGCUUUAUUAUUACCAUUAUCAAACCAUGAGUUCUAAAACUGGUCAGUGGUCACCUACCUACCACACUGGACCCAGAUAUUGUAUCGAAAGAAAGCCAACACACAGGGUGGCCACCAACUGAUUAUUCUCAAAACUCACCCCAAGCUGUAACAAAGUAAGAGAGAAGAAACAGAACUCAGAACAAUGAAGAAUAAUGAAAUAACCCACAAUUAGGGGCAGGUGGGCAGGGCAGAUAACUCUGUGCUUUGUUGUUGGGUAAAUGUUUUCUCUUGGCUCUUUAUAUAACUCGAAUCAAUAAUUAAACAAUACUAGCUUCCCAAUUGUCUUCCCCAGGUCAGAGUUUGGGAUACGGUUUCGUAAAUUAUGUGGACCCCAAUGAUGCGGACAAAGCCAUAAACACCCUGAAUGGACUGAAAUUACAGACAAAGACCAUCAAGGUGAGAACCCCAAACUUUAUUAUCAGGAGAAAUAUACUAAUAUUAAUGUAUGUACUGUAAUAAUAAUAAUAAUAAUUGGUAUUUAUAAAGCGCUAACUUAUUCUGCAGCGCUUUACAAUACUAAUAAUACUGAUAACACUGAUAAUGAACACACUGCGCUGUAUAAUGAUACUGAGUAUCUAUACACUGAUAAUGAACACACUGCGCUGUAUAAUAAUACUGAGUAUCUAUACACUGAUAAUGAAAACCCUGCCCUGUAUAAUAAUACUGAGUAUCUAUACACUGAUAAUGAACACACUGCGCUGUAUAAUAAUACUGAGUAUCUAUACACUGAUAAUGAACACACUGCGCUGUAUAAUAACACUGAGUAUCUAUACACUGAUAGUGAACACACUGCGCUGUAUAAUAAUACUGAGUAUCUAUACACUGAUAAUGAACACACUUUCAUUUUAGCUAUGUGAUGCUGAGUAUCUAUACAUGGUGUGGAACACACUGCGGCUGUAUAAUAAUGCAGUAUCUAUACACUGAUAAUAUAAACACACUGCACUGUAUAAUGAUACACAGGUAUAUACACUGAUAAUAAACACACUAAGCGCAUAUAAUAUACUGAGUAUAUACACUGAUAAUGAACACACUGCAGCUGUAUAGGCAGUACUGAGUAUCUAUACACUGAUAUGAACACACUAAGCUGUAUAAUGAUGCACUGAGUAUCUAUACACUGAUAAUGAACACACUGCGCUGUAUAAUAAUACUGAGUAUCUAUACACUGAUAAUGAACACACUGCGCUGUAUAAUAAUACUGAGUAUCUAUACACUGAUAAUGAACACACUGCACUGUAUAAUGAUACUGAGUAUCUGUACACUGAUAAUGAACACACUGCACGGUAUAAUAAUACUGAGUAUCUAUACACUGAUAAUGAACACACUGCACUGUAUAAUAAUACUGAGUAUCUAUAAGCUGAUAAUGAACACACUGCGCUGUAUAAUAAUACUGAGUAUCUAUACACUGAUAUUGAACACACUGCGCUGUAUAAUAAUACUGAGUAUCUAUACACUGAUAAUGAACACACUGCACUGUAUAAUAAUACUGAGUAUCUAUACACUGAUAAUGAACACACUGCGCUGUAUAAUAAUACUGAGUAUCUAUACUCUGAUAAUGAACACACUGCACCGUAUAAUAAUACUGAGUAUCUAUACACUGAUAAUGAACACACUGCGCUGUAUAAUGAUACUGAGUAUCCAUACACUGAUAAUGAACACACUGCACUGUAUAAUAAUACUGAGUAUCUAUACACUGCUAAUGAACACACCGCGCUGUAUAAUAAUACUGAGUAUCUAUACAGUGAUAAUGAACACACUGCGCUGUAUAAUAAUACUGAGUAUCUAUACACUGAUAAUGAACACACUGCGCUGUAUAAUGAUGCUGAGUAUCUAUACACUGAUAAUGAACACACUGCGCUGUAUAAUAAUACUGAGUAUCUAUACACUGAUAAUGAACACACUGUAUAAUAAUACUGAGUAUCUAUACACUGAUAAUGAACACACUGUAUAAUAAUACUGAGUAUCUAUACACUGAUAAUGAACACACUGCGCUGUAUAAUAAUACUGAGUAUCUAUACACUGAUAAUGAACACACCGCGCUGUAUAAUGAUACUGAGUAUCUAUACACUGAUAAUGAACACACUGCGCUGUAUAAUAAUACUGAGUAUCUAUACACUGAUAAUGAACACACUGUAUAAUAAUACUGAGUAUCUAUACAGUGAUAAUGAACACACUGCACUGUAUAAUAAUAUUGAGUAUCUAUACACUGAUAAUGAACACACUGCACUUUAUAAUAAUACUGAGUAUCUAUACAUGACCACGCUGUAUAAUAAUGCUGAGUAUCUAUACACUGAUAAUGAACACACUGCACUGUAUAAUAAUACUGAGUAUCUAUACACUGCUAAUGAACACACCGCGCUGUAUAAUAAUACUGAGUAUCUAUACAGUGAUAAUGAACACACUGCGCUGUAUAAUAAUACUGAGUAUCUAUACACUGAUAAUGAACACACUGCGCUGUAUAAUAAUACUGAAUAUCUAUACACUGAUAAUGAACACACUGUGCUGUAUAAUGUUAGUGAGUAUCUAUACACUGAUAAUAAACACACUGCGCUGUAUAAUAAUACUAAGUAACUAUACACUGAUAAUGAACACACUGCGCUGUAUAAUGUUAGUGAGUAUCCAUACACUGAUAAUAAAAACACUGCGCUGUAUAAAAAUACUGAGUAUCUAUACACUGAUAAUAAACAAACUACGCUGUAUAAUAAUACUAAGUAACUAUACACUGAUAAUAAACACACUGCGCUGUAUAAUAAUACUGAAUAUCUAUACACUGAUAAUGAACACACUGUGCUGUAUAAUGUUAGUGAGUAUCCAUACACUGAUAAUAAAAACACUGCGCUGUAUAAUAAUACAGAGUAUAUAUACACUGAUAAUAAACACUGCGCUGUAUAAUAAUACUAAGUAACUAUACACUGAUAAUGAACACACUGCGCUGUAUAAUGUUAGUGAGUAUCCAUACACUGAUAAUAAAAACACUGCGCUGUAUAAAAAUACUGAGUAUCUAUACACUGAUAAUAAACACACUGCGCUGUAUAAUAAUACUGAGUAUCUAUACACUGAUAAUGAACACACUGCACUGUAUAAUAAUACUGAGUAUCUAUACACUGAUAAUGAACACACUGCGCUGUAUAAUGAUCCUGAGUAUUUAUACACUGAUAAUGAACACACUGUGCUGUAUAAUAAUACUGAGAAUCUAUACACUGAUAAUGAACACACUGCGCUGUAUAAUAAUACUGAAUAUCUAUACACUGAUAAUGAACACACUGCGCUGUAUAAUGUUAGUGAGUAUCCAUACACUGAUAAUAAAAACACUGCGCUGUAUAAUAAUACUGAGUAUCUAUACACUGAUAAUGAACACACUGCGCUGUAUAAUAAUACUAAGUAACUAUACACUGAUAAUGAACACACUGCGCUGUAUAAUGUUAGUGAGUAUCCAUACACUGAUAAUAAAAACACUGCGCUGUAUAAAAAUAUUGAGUAUCUAUACACUGAUAAUAAACACACUACGCUGUAUAAUAAUACUGAGUAUCUAUACACUGAUAAUGAACACACUGCGCUGUAUAAUAAUACUGAGUAUCUAUACACUGAUAAUGAACACACUGCACUGUAUAAUAAUACUGAGUAUCUAUACACUGAUAAUGAACACACUGCGCUGUAUAAUAAUACUGAGUAUCUAUACAGCUGAUAAUGAACACACUGCGCUGUAUAAUAAUACUGAGUAUCUAUACACUGAUAAUGAACACACUGCACUGUAUAAUAAUACUGAGUAUCUAUACACUGACAAUGAACACACUGCACUGUAUAAUAAUACUGAGUAUCUAUACACUGAUAAUGAACACACUGCGCUGUAUAAUAAUAAUACUGAGUAUCUAUACACUGAUAAUGAACACACUGCGCUGUAUGAUAAUACCGAGUAUCUAUACACUGAUAAUGAACACAGUUCGCUGUAUAAUGAUACUGAGUAUCUAUAAGCUGAUAAUGAACCCACUGCUCUGUAUAAUAAUACUGAGUAUCUAUACACUGAUAAUGAACACACUGCACUGUAUAAUAAUACUGAGUAUCUAUACACUGACAAUGAACACACUGCACUGUAUAAUAAUACUGAGUAUCUAUACACUGAUAAUGAACCCACUGCUCUGUAUAAUAAUACUGAGUAUCUAUACACUGAUAAUGAACACACUGCACUGUAUAAUAAUACUGAGUAUCUAUACACUGACAAUGAACACACUGCACUGUAUAAUAAUACUGAGUAUCUAUACACUGAUAAUGAACACACUGCGCUGUAUAAUAAUACUGAGUAUCUAUACACUGAUAAUGAACACACUGCACUGUAUAAUAAUACUGAGUAUCUAUACUCUGAUAAUGAACACACUGCACUGCAUAAUAAUACUGAGUAUCUAUACACUGAUAAUGAACACGCUGCGCUGUAUAAUGAUACUGAGUAUCUAUACACUGAUAAUGAACACGCUGCGCUGUAUAAUAAUAUGAUCUAUACACUGAUAAUGAACACACUGCACUGUAUAAUACUGAGUAUCUAUACACUGAUAAUGAACACACUGCGCUGUAUAAUAAUAAUACUGAGUAUCUAUACACUGAUAAUGAACACACUGCGCUGUAUGAUAAUACCGAGUAUCUAUACACUGAUAAUGAACACAGUUCGCUGUAUAAUGAUACUGAGUAUCUAUAAGCUGAUAAUGAACCCACUGCUCUGUAUAAUAAUACUGAGUAUCUAUACACUGAUAAUGAACACACUGCACUGUAUAAUAAUACUGAGUAUCUAUACACUGACAAUGAACACACUGCACUGUAUAAUAAUACUGAGUAUCUAUACACUGAUAAUGAACACACUGCGCUGUAUAAUAAUACUGAGUAUCUAUACACUGAUAAUGAACACACUGCGCUGUAUAAUAAUACUGAGUAUCUAUACACUGAUAAUGAACACACUGCACUGUAUAAUAAUACUGAGUAUCUAUACACUGAUAAUGAACACACUGCGCUGUAUAAUAAUAAUACUGAGUAUCUAUACACUGAUAAUGAACACACUGCGCUGUAUAAUAAUACUGAGUAUCUAUACACUGAUAAUGAACACGCUGUAUAAUAAUACUGAGUAUCUAUACACUGAUAAUGAACACACUGCACUGUAUAAUAAUACUGAGUAUCUAUACACUGAUAAUGAACACACUGCGCUGUAUAAUGAUACUGAGUAUCUAUACACUGAUAAUGAACACACUGCGCUGUAUAAUAAUACUGAGUAUCUAUACACUGAUAAUGAACCCACUGCUCUGUAUAAUAAUACUGAGUAUCUAUACACUGAUAAUGAACACACUGCACUGUAUAAUAAUACUGAGUAUCUAUACACUGAUAAUGAACACACUGCGCUGUAUAAUGAUACUGAGUAUCUAUACACUGAUAAUGAACACACUGCGCUGUAUAAUAAUACUGAGUAUCUAUACACUGAUAAUGAACCCACUGCUCUGUAUAAUAAUACUGAGUAUCUAUACACUGAUAAUGAACACAAUGCGCUGUAUAAUAAUACUGAGUAUCUAUACACUGAUAAUGAACACACUGCGCUGUAUAAUAAUACUGAGUAUCUAUACACUGAUAAUGAACCCACUGCUCUGUAUAAUAAUACUGAGUAUCUAUACACUGAUAAUGAACUCACUGCGCUGUAUAAUAAUACUGAGUAUCUAUACACUGAUAAUGAACCCACUGCUCUGUAUAAUAAUACUGAGUAUCUAUACACUGAUAAUGCACACACUGCACUGUAUAAUAAUACUGAGUAUCUAUACACUGAUAAUGAACACACUGCGCUGUAUAACAAUAAUAAUAAUAAUAAUAAUUAGUAGUAAUAGAACAUGUUCGAGGUGCUUUCCACAAUCAUAUAUGUAAGAAUAUGGCUGCUAACAGGUGACAAUGACUGGUUCAGUGUUAAAUCUCUCUAUAACUUGGCUCGAUGUUGAGGUGUGCUAUCCCUGGUGAACGCCGUAUAUUUUAGCAGAAUAAUUUUAGGAAUGCAAAUUGGGUGGGCUACAUUGAUUUUAACAGAUUGUGCUCCUUACACACAGAAAUCCUAUACCUCCCCCACUGACAGGAGCUAGAGCUGACAGAUGCCCUAAAAAACAUAUACCCUCCAAGGGUCACUUCAUAGCGGAGGCAGCAGGUCACUGGCAGAGAGAAGGGGGUAUAUUCUGUUUUGGUUUCUUUUGUUAUAUAAAUGCAUGCCCUUUGGGAAGAAGGAUAAGAGGAAUAGGAUGGGCGGGGGGAGCUUGAAACAAAAGCACUCAGCCAUCUGUCCUCUCUAUGGCUAAUUAUGGGGUAUUUUCCCUGGAGAGUAAAAGUGGCAGAGGAUAGGAAGGCAGCUGCUGUUAUUAAAUCUCAAAUCAGGGUCACACAAUGGAAAGUUAAAGGCUAAGGCGACUAAAAGACUAAUGUGACCUAAUCUCAGAUACUGGUCUAACAGGACUUUCCAGAGUCUAUCCCUCUCUUACAAUCGUAAAGCUUACUAUCUAACAUCUAUCACGAAAAGAGAAAUGAUUCAUCUGAAUAAUCUGUUUAAUUAAAUGGUCAGUCCCCCAGGGGAGCACAGUGACCUAAUAACAGUGACAUUUUAAUGGGUUAGAGGCUAGCCCUAGUGGGGAGCACAGUGACCUAAUGACAGUGACAUAUUUAAUGGGUUAAAGGGCCAGCCUUCCUGGAGUGUGCAGUGACCUAAUGACGGUGACAUAUUUAAUGGGUUAAAGGGCCAGCCUUCCUGGAGAGUGCAGUGACCUAAUGACGGUGACAUAUUUAAUGGGUUAAAGGGCCAGCCUUACUGGAGAGUUCAGUGACCUAAUGAUGGUGACAUAUUUAAUGGUUUAAAGGUCCCAUCCCACUGGAGAGUGCAGUGACCUUAUGAAAGUAAAAAGGCUUCAAAGGACAGUCCCACUUGGUAAACAAACUGACCAAUGACAGAGAAAUGUUUAACUAGGAAAAGGGUCAGUUCGACUGGUGAGCACAGUGACAUAAUCACAGUGAUGUUUGCUUGUUAAACAGUGAUUUACUUGAACCAGAAAAACUUUUUUUUUUGUUAUUUAAACUAAAAUACCCAAAUUGCAAACAUACCCACAACCCACCUCUUACCCAAGCCUAGCUAUUCUGGCCUAUAUGUAGCCAUUUUUGAUUUAAUUAAAAAAUUGUUUUGUGAAUUAAAGAUUUCCAGCAACGAAUUUGGGGAGACAGUAUUAUAAAAUUAUAAAAAGAUAUACAGCCUCAAAGUGUGUAUUGCUCGCAAGGCAUCACUGAAUUGAAUUAAGAAUUUGGCGACCAGAAUUACUUUUUUUUUUAAAUUAAUUGAUUCUCACGCGUCUUUGUAAUGGAAAAUGCUGAUUUAAGCUCAGUAUCACUAGGUUGGAAUGCUGCACAGUGAUAGAAUGCUGCAUGACUAUAUAACAGAGCAACGUAUUGCGUGUGCAGGGAGAGAGCGUGCUGUGGGUUUGACUGCACAGUCCAUUUAUUUAAUGGCACUGCACCUGCACUGCAGCUAUUCUAUAUCAAGCAAGCAUGCCUGACGUCCUUUAUGAUGAUUUAACCCAGCCUCCCUGCCCCAUCAGUCAUUUUGCAUGUAUUGCAGCUGAAUCACAUCCUCUGAAACAAAUGUAACUUAUCAUGCAAAAGAAAUGCAGAUCCUGGCUUGGUGGAAGUUAUUACGCUGCUAUAUAAAAGAAUCAUGACUCGAAAAAAAUUAUUUUUACUCAUUCAAAAAUGUACAUUUGUAGUGUUGUACAUUCAUUUUAAGUUUUUUUUUAUUAUUAUUAACUAGCAGAAAGUUCUUCAUGAAAUAUGUAUCGCAUUUCUGCAUUUUUUUUUUAAUUCUUAUUUUUGUUUAGCAUCGUUGGUAAUAAAUGGGUAUUUCUAAAAAUGCAAUAUCAGCAGAUUUUCUGACUUCAGCGUGCAUUUCGCCAGUGUUAGUGUGACUAGAUAAACAAAUUAAUGUCAGGCUGUUUUUGUAUAAAAUGUAAAACAAGACUGCAUUCUUAUAAAUGUUACGCUAUAGCGUUUCUCUUGAUAAUGGGGUUUAUUUAUGAAGAAAGAAAAAAAAGAAGAGAGAGAGAGUGUGUGUGUGUGAUAGAGAGAGAGAGAGAGUGUGUGUGUGUGUGUGUGUGUGUGAUAGAGAGAGUGUGUGUGUGUGUGUGAUAGAGAGAGAGAGUGUGUGUGUGUGUGUGUGUGUGUGUGUGUGUGUGUGUGUGUGUGAUAGAGAGAGAGAGGUGUGUGAGAGAGAGAGUGUGUGUGUGAUAGAGAGAGAGAGGUGUGUCUGUGUGUGUGAUAGAGAGAGAGAGAGAGUGUGUGUGUGUGUGUGUGAUAGAGAGAGAGAGAGAGUGUGUGUGUGUCUGUGUGUGUGUGAUAGAGAGAGAGAGAGAGAGAGAUAUCAGGGAAAUCAAUUUAAAAAAAAGAAGCUUGCUAAGAGUAAUAACAUUAUUUUAUACUUUGUCUUCUCUUGUAGAGAACUAGGGAAAUAGUUGUGUUUGAGAUUUUCUUUCUUCAAUUUGUCUGAUCUGAUCUAAAAUAUGCAAAUUAAUCCCCACCGCCCAGCAGCGGCGGCAAUGACAGUCACACUAUCAUACAUGGUGGGAAAUGGCUGAAAGCCUUCACCCUCCUUAUAUUUAGUAUGCCUCUGUCAUGGCAGAUAUUGUGGGCCUGCGCUGUCUGUGGUACUGAACCAGAUCCUCUGUUGAAAAUAGUGAGACAUUUCUUGCAGGCAGUGAUAAGGAGAGAAAGGCAGACAUUUCCUUUCAUGUAACAGGAAAAUCUGGGCUUUUGAGUCCCAGAUGGGUGAACAAUAAACAAUUAAUACGAUGUCCAUGGGCUCCACGUUCGACAAGAAGAAAGAUUCAAUAUGUAUUUUUGCAGACUAAUACAGCCACUUGCAGUAUUUUUUAAUGCUGAAAACUGCAGAGUGUUUAAAAUGUAAAAUAAAAGGCAUGUAGACACUUAAAGACAUUGUGCUAAUCACCACAAUUUAGACAAUGCUUUUAUAAAAAUAAACAAAUGAAAAGAAUAAAAUUGGGAAUAAAUUAGAAAAGAAACUCACAUCAGAAGACUCAUGCCUGUCUCUCUGCCCGCCUUCCUGUCUCUCUGCAUUCCUGUCUGUCUCUCUGCCUUCCUGUAUGUCUGUUUGUCUGUCUCUCUGUCUGCCCGCCUGCCUUCCUGUCUGUCUCUCUGCCUGUCUGUCUCUCUGCCUGCCUGUCAAUCCAUCUCUUUGCCUUCCUGUCUAUCUGUCUGUCUGUCUGUCUCUCUGUCUGUCUGUCUCUUUGUCUGUCUGUCUGCCUGCUUGUCUAUCUCUUUGCCUUUCUGUCUGUCUGUCUAUCUAUCUAUCUCCACCUACAAUGCCCUCCACUAAUAUUGACACCCUUGGUAAAUAUGACCAAAGAAGGCUGUGAAAAUGUGUGCUUAUUUUUUAACCUUUCCAUCUGUUGUUCAAAAACAUACACACAAAUACUCUGCUCUCAUUGUAAACACAACACAGGUUUAUAUAUGUGUGGCACACUUAUUGGCACCCCUAUGAAUUCAUAUGAGAAUAUUAAUCUGAAGUAUAUUCCCAUUGAUAUUUUACAAUUUCUUUUAGUACAUCUGGGGGUCUAGGAACGGAUAAUUGUUCAACCAUGACUUCAUGUUUUACAUGGGGAAUAAAUAUGAGGUAACACAAAGGCCAAAUUCCUUUAGUUAUUACAAGUGGGUAGGACCAAGGAAUAUAGCUCUGAUGUGCAGCAAAAGGUUGUUGUGCUUCACAAAAUGGAAAGUGGCUAUACAACUAUAUUGGCAAUAAGUAAGAAGCCCAAUCAGCUGGAAAUGUUGUGAAUCAACCUGGAAGAGGACGAUGGUCUAUAUUGUCUCAACGCACUGUGAAGAGGAUGGUUCAAGCGGCCAAAAAAUCUCCAAGGAUCACAGCUGGAGAAUUUCAAAAGUUAGUUGCGCAUUGGGGUCAGAAAGUCUCCAAAACUACAAUCUGAUGCAACCGAAUUGCGUAACGCCAUCACCACAAGCUGUUUAAAAGGGUGUAAAGGAAAAAGCCUCUAUUCUUAUAAAAAAAAAAAUUAAGUCUUCAGUUUGCCAGACACUACUGAAACUUCAAAUGGGAUGGGGUCCUAUGGUAAGAUGAAACCAAAAUGGAGCCUUUUGGCAAUAAACACCAGAGGUGUGUUUGGCGCACACAGAGAGCUAGCCAUAUGGAAAAGUACUUCUUGCCCACGGUUAGAUAUGGUGGUGGCUCUUUAUUGGUUUGGGACAGUUUUCUGCCAGAGGACCUAUACAUUUUAUUAGGAUACAUGACAUCAGGGACUCCAUCAAAUAUCAACAAAUAUUAAAUGAACACCUGAUUACUUCUGCCGGAAAGCUGAAAGUGGGCCGUGGUUGGGUCCGAAAUAUACAUCAAAAUCAACACAAAAAUGGUUUACUGACCACAAAAUCAAAGUCUUGCCAUGGCCAUCCCAGUCCCCUUGACUUUAACCCCAUAGAAAGCCUGUGGGGUGAACUGAAGAGGAGAGUCCACCAGCGUUGACCUCCAAAUUUGAAGGAUCUGGAGAGAUUCUGUAUGGAGGAAUGGUCUCAGAUUCCUUGCCAUGUAUUCUCCAACCUCAUUAGGCAUUAUAAGAGAAGACUCAGAGCGGUUAUCUUGGCAAAGGGAGGUAGCACAAAUUACUGACUAAAAGGGUGCCAAUAAUUGUCCCACACAUAUAUUUAACAAUUUUUAAAAAAAUUUUUUUUAAUUCUUUGAUAUCCAUGAGAGCAGAGUAUUUUUAUGUAUUUUUUGAACAAAAGAUCAAAAGGUUAAGCAACAAGUACAUUUUUUCACAGCCUUUUUGACCAUAUUUACCAAGGGUAACAAUAUUAGUGGAAGGCACUGUAUUUGUCAAGCAUCCUGUCUGUCUGCCAAUUCCCCAAUGUAAUGUAAAUGGCGUAUAAUACUGUUGUGCAAAUGAGUUUUAAUAGGAUAAAGGAGCUGUUUUAAGUGGUGCUUUUGCAUAUUAAUUUCUUCAUUUGGGCUUACAUGUUUUACCAGGAAGACAAAUUCUAUAAAACUGGAAUCUUAAGGCGUGAUAUAACGACUGGCUGCUUUAGUAGUAUCUAUAGGGAGUAUCAGGCCCAGCUUUUAAACGCUGCAUUGAAAACCCUAAAUAACUGUAAUAAUAUUAGUGAAAAUAUUAAUUAAUUAAUAGCUACGGUUUCCUGAUUAUUAGGAGUUUGUUGCAUCAGAUGAUAUGUGACCUGCCUUAAUGAUGUGCGUUGAGGCUGCAUAGGCUCAUGGGAAAUUCCCUAGAGAGGUCUGCACAAUACACUGGCAGCAGAUGCCCUGCGCAUGAUAAACAAUCCAUUAUCCCCAGGGAUAAACAAAAGAGCAGUUUAACCCCUUCACUGCCACACAGGAAAUGGUUUCAUAUGUUAUUAUGAUAUGAAGAUUCUAUCUUCACAUUACUUUGCUUAAUGAUACUGUCCCUCUAACCAGGGAUGUUUUAAACCCCUUUAUGAAGGAUCAUCAUGAGACAAUGGGAUUUGCUUAACCUCUUCUGAUGAAGGUGUUAAGAAGUAGUGAUUUUUCUGCAACCCUCUACAUUAUCCUUCCAAUUCUCAGGAGUGUUAGUAUUCUUUGCUUAUCUACCAUAUUUAGUCAUUAUGUGUUUGGCAGGUCUUUAAAAAUUAACGUGAAAUUUAUUAAAUAAAAACUAUUGUAUUUACUGCUAUCCUUGAACUUAGAGCCAUCCUGUCAGUCAUACCAUUUGCACCUGUCAGUCAAAUUAGACAAAGGAGUAGAAACACAAUGUUGCACUAUGCACUGUAUGUCUUCGCUAUGCCAGGACUGAACUGGGUUGUGAUUUCACUUGCUUAAUGUUUAAUAAACAUUUACAAGAAAAUGCAGCAUCACAGGACAAAAAAAAUUGUUAACACAAUUAUGGGCGAUUUUCAGUGUUUUAUUCUAUAGUUUCAUUUCCAGGAAAGUGACGGUGGAUCUGAAUCAUCUACAAAUGUGGACUCACUAUAGAAAUAGCAGUUCAAAAUGUCAAGUAUUAUUAUAGCAAUGAUGCAACAGUGCUAUAGUCACAACAGUGCCUGUUAAAAUGUUGGGCGUUGUUAGAGCAGGGUGGCCCUCUAGUGGACAAUGUAGGCUGCUGUGUAGGCUGGAACCUGUUAUCUCACUGUUACAUUUUUGUUACUAAGUGUCAUUGUUCUUAUUAUCAAUGAAACAUGACAAUGAACGCCAUUCAAUUCUAUACACAGUGCCAGUAACAUUGACAAUGUAUAGAUUAAAUAUUAGUUUAAAUGUUAGUUUGGAUUCAGGUAGCUGCUGUUGGCUAAGCACAUUUCUGAGGGUUUAUUCAUUAAACCCCACAUAUUACUAUAACCAAGUAGUGACUAUAUGUGAAUUGGAUAAUUAUUUCCCAAAUCAGCAGGUUUUGCCUAUGUUGUAGUAUUCAGCCCCAUCUAUGUACUGCCACAAUGCCAAGGGUGUGCUCCUGUGCAAGGGAUUCUGGGAGUUAAAGGUCUCAUUAUAUAAUGUUGUGCUUUACAUUUGUAAUUGCUCAGCAACAAUCUAACUGGUACCUUUUCUAAAAUAUGUUUCAAAUCCCAUUUUAUACAGUAAUAAAUUUAAGAAUGUAUGUGUUUAAAUGUAUAUAGAAGCUAAUAUGGUGAUAUUCUCUCUCCUGUUUACACAGGUAUCAUACGCCCGCCCAAGCUCAGCCUCUAUACGAGAUGCCAACCUAUACGUCAGCAGCCUCCCAAAAACCAUGAACCAGAAAGAGAUGGAACAGCUUUUCUCUCAAUACGGGAGAAUUAUCACAUCUCGUAUACUGGUGGAUCAAGUCACAGGUAUAUAAUAUACAGUAUCCCUUCACUCAAGUGCCUUAAUACCUUAUAACUUCUUAUUACAGUAACCCGGCUCCCGAGUGCCUUAUUACCCCGUAACAUCUUAUUACAGUAACCCGGCUCCUGAAUGCCUUAUUACCCUGUAUCAUCUUAUUACAGUAACCCGGCUCCUGAGUGCCUUAUUACCCUGUAACAUCUUAUUACAGUAACCCGGCUCCUGAAUGCCUUAUUACCCUGUAUCAUCUUAUUACAGUAACCCGGCUCCUGAGUGCCUUAUUACCCUGUAACAUCUUAUUACAGUAGCCCGGCUCCUGAGUGCCUUAUUACCCCGUAACAUCUUAUUACAGUUACCCGGCUCCUGAGUGCCUUAUUACCCCGUAACACCUUAUUACAGUAACCUGGCUCCUGAGUGCCUUAUUACCCUGUAACAUCUUAUUACAGUAACCCGGCUCCUGAGUGCCUUAUUACCCUGUAACAUCUUAUUACAGUAACCCGGCUCCUGAGUGCCUUAUUACCCUGUAACAUCUUAUUACAGUAACCAGGCUCCUGAGUGCCUUAUUACCCUGUAACAUCUUAUUACAGUAACCCGGCUCCUGAGUGCCUUAUUACCCUGUAACAUCUUAUUAGUAACCUGGCUCAUGAGUGCCUUAUUACCUGUAACAUCUUAUUACAGUAACCGGCUCCUGAGUGCCUUAUUACCCUGUAACAUCUUAUUACAGUAACCCGGCUCCUGAGUGCCUUAUUACCCUGUAACACCUUAUUACAGUAACCUGGCUCCUGAGUGCCUUAUUACCCUGUAACAUCUUAUUACAGUAACCCGGCUCUGAGUGCCUUAUUACCCUGUAACAUCUUAUUACAGUAACCCGGCUCCUGUAGUCCUGAGUGCCUUAUUACCCUGUAACAUCUUAUUACAGUAACCCGGCUCCUGAGUGCCUUAUUACCUUGUAACUCUUAUUACAGUAACCGGCUCUGAGUCUUAUUACCCUGUAGUAACCCGGCUCCUGAGUGCCUUAUUACCCUGUAACAUCUUAUUACAGUAACCCGGCUCCUGAGUGCCUUAUUACCCUGUAACAUCUUAUUACAGUAACCAGGCUCCUGAGUGCCUUAUUACCCUGUAACAUCUUAUUACAGUAACCCGGCUCCUGAGUGCCUUAUUACCCUGUAACAUCUUAUUACAGUAACCCGGCUCCUGAGUGCCUUAUUACCCUGUAACAUCUUAUUACAGUAACCUGGCUCCUGAGUGCCUUAUUACCCUGUAACAUCUUAUUACAGUAACCCGGCUCCUGAGUGCCUUGUUACCCUGUAACAUCUUAUUACAGUAACCCAGCUCCUGAGUGCCUUAUUACCCUGUAACAUCUUAUUACAGUAACCCUGGCUCCUGAGUGCCUUAUUACCCUGUAACAUUUUAUUACAGUAACCCAGCUCCUGAGUGCCUUAUUACCCCGUAACAUCUAAUUACAGUAACCCAGCUCCUGAGCGCCUUAUUACCACGUAACAUCUUAUUACAGUAACCCAGCUCCUGAGUGCGUUAUUACACUGUAACAUUUUAUGACAAUUGAAGUAAUCAUAAAUUUUAUUGUUGUGGCUCUACUGUGUUUUUUGUUUUUGCCUUUUUUAGGUGUCUCCAGGGGUGUAGGUUUUAUACGGUUUGAUAAAAGGAUAGAAGCAGAAGAGGCUAUUAAGGGCCUGAAUGGACAGAAGCCUCUUGGUGCCAGUGAACCAAUUACAGUGAAAUUUGCCAACAAUCCCAGCCAGAAAACAGGACAGGCUCUGCUCACCCACCUGUACCAGACAACAGCCAGGAGGUACACAGGACCCCUGCACCAUCAGACACAGAGAUUCAGGUAAGCAGAUUCCCCAGUAAUCAUUACUAUCCCACUAUCCAUAUGCCAUUGUCUCUUACUAUCCAUAGGCCAUGCACAUCAAGCCAUUUACAUCAAAAUAACGCUAUUGUCUUUCACUCGGAAUGCUCGAAUCCACCCAUCCAGUGUUGCCACCCAUCUCCUGCAUGCUGUCUGUAAAUAAUAAUUCCUGUCUCCUACUACUUUGUGUCUACUGCCAGUUACUGUCUAUACCCCUCCUGUAUUAUUGCCAUGCACCCCCAUCCUUUAAUACAGCUAAAUCACCACCUGAUACUCCCUAUGUACCUCUAGACUAUAGUAUCACCUAGAUCCCAUCCUGUUAGUCCCUUCCAUCCCCCAUCCAUUUACAUUUAGUAUAAUCCAUCCUUUAUUACUGGCUAUUUCCCCAUCUGGUCACUGUCUAUAUUAUUGCCUAUAGCCCCCUGUCCUGUUAUUAUUUCUGAACCCCCAUUCUACAUUACCACCUUUACCCUUCCGGAAUUCCUCCUGUAUAUCUCCUAUAAUGUUACUGCUUACACCUCCUCCAUAUCAUGCUCUCGAUUUACCUACGUCUUACAUUGCUCUCUAUAUCCCCUCUUAUGUUACUCUCCAUCCUUUACAUCACUUUCUAUAGCUUUUGAAUCUUACUUCCCUUGUAGUCCCCUCUUGUAUUACAUAAACAUAUUGCAUAAACCCAUUAUUGUCACUUCCCAGCUACCAAUAUUCUAUUAUAUUAUUGUCUAUGCACCUCUAUAAUCCUACUCUCCAUUACUUCGUAUUAUAUUCCCAUAUCUAGCCACACCGUGCAUUACUAUUUACAUCUACCCUUUAUAUUUCGACCUUCGGAACCCCCAUUUAUAAUUUCUAUUUACAACCUAUUGUUACGCUGCUUGUGUUACUCAUGUUAUUCCUGUGCUAGACCCUGCAUUACUGUCGACAUUGCCUCUUCAUUGUUACUACUUAUCUACUACUGCCUAUACACCCUCCCCCAUUCAGUUACCCCCACCCAUUCUAAGUUUUUGCCUCUUUUUCUAUUUAAUUUUGAUAUUAUCUACUCUAGAUUAUUUUUAGCUGUGUCAUACAUACUGUAUUGUCUACUCAUGCUUGUACUUUUCACCAGUGCUUCUCAAAUGCUGUCUCCAGCCAUGAGGCUUGCUAGAUAGUGCUCAUCUUAUUCUCAUCUCAUUCCAUCCUGUACAUAUCUGCCAACUGAAUACGCCACCCAUAGGACCGCUAGUUAAAAUAUAGAAUACAAAGAAUGAACGCUUACAUUGCCUUAUUCACUAUUCAAGCAUUGCUCACCUAUAAUACCCUUCUCUUAACUCCUACCGACAUACUGCUUACCCUGUCCUCCUCUCCCUUCUUUGCCUACUCCUGCUGCCUGCAGCACCCCUUCGGCCUCCUAUACAAGGUAAGGGCAUAUUUCACUGCCCCGUGAUACAUUUAAUGCUUGAAUACCUAAUUUCAUAGCCUUUUUUAUGUAAGAAAAUUAUAUACAUCUCUAACAUAAAAUUAGCUAAAUAUGUUGACCACAAAAUGAAUUGGGGAUAUUCAGGGUACCACCUCGAGGGUGGCUGUGAGUGCGUGACAAGAGUAUGUGUUGCAUGUCUAUGUAAAGAGAGACUGUCAUGAAAUCUCUGACUUUUACCCAAAAAUCACUGACUAAUGACCAUAAUGAGGCAUAACGAGGGUUACUUUUUAAUGGUAAGAUGGAUUUCAAUAAACUUAUGUACAUAUCAGUAUCUUUAGAUGUGUGCACACACGUGUGUGUAGAUAUGUAUGUGUGUGUAUAUCAGUGAUGGGACCCUCCUGCACCUCUGUAAUUUGGCUGUUUCUGUUGUCUACUGCUAGAGAGACAAAGAUCAUCUGUGUCUUUAACGUCACUUCCCUGUGGGAAGAUCGGGGUCUUUUUUGGGGGGGAUACACAGAACCAAUGAUCCCCUUAAGACAUUAAUCUCCUACUCAUAUGAACCAAUCAAGUAAUUAUUUCAAUGCUAUUCAGACCAUCAAUGGAUUGGUUGACGAUGUAUUGCAUUGACAUUUGAUUGGCUAAUUUCAGUAUCGGACCAUGUGGAACUUUAUUCACAUGGGGUUUGGGUUUACUAAGGUUAAAGGGUUUAUUUGCCUGUUUAUUUUUGUAUCCUCAUUUCCUAGUUAAAUUCCUAAAUUCCUAAUUUCCUUAAUGGUUAAAUACCUAAAUAGAAACAAUAAAAGAAAAAUGUUAAUGGAUUAAUCUCUCAAUUAAUAACUUUAAACACCCCUACAGCUUGCUCUCCCUGAAUCAAUAUAGCAGUGGUUUCCAAACCAUUCCUCAAGGCAUGCCUAACAGCCCAGGAUUCAGGUAUUACCCAGUUGUGUUAAGGUGUUUUUCUUUUCUAAAAAAAACUUUAGACAAAACGCGUUAAUCUCUUAAUCAUAGACUGGUAGGCGUGCCUUGAGGUCUGGUGUGGAAACCACUGCAAUAUAGCAUUGUAAUUAUUACAUUUGACAAAAUGGCACCUAAUAUGUUGAUGUCAUUAUCAUCAUCCGAAAACUCUUAAAGUGAAAUAGUGAAACCCUGUUCACUUAAUCAAUCUAACACUUUGCGCAGUAAUACUUACAUUUAAAAGUAUUACUACCAUUAGAUAAGUUAUGUUUUAAAUAUAUCAAAGAGAACAAAAUGUCCUUUGCACACUAUACUUCCUGUGGUGUCUUAAGACAUCACAGGAGGUACUCGUACAUGCAAGUGCAACAGGUGACGCUUCCCCCAGCUGGAACAAUUUGUAACUCAGUCAUAUUUUUCUAAUAUUUCCCAUGAAAUUUUUUUAAAUAAAUAUACGAACAUGUUCAAUAAAAAAGAAAAUAAAACAUGUAUAUAUAUACAGACACAUAUCUAUAUUAUAUGCACCCUUUUAAAAUUCUUUAUUAGACCCUGUUUUUUAGUCUGUCUUUGUGUACUCAAUGCAUUAUAUGUACUUUCUUUUGUUUUUGUACCUUUAGUUUAUUAACAUCUGUGUGACAGACAUGAAGGCAGUUGACGGAUAUACAGAUAGGAGAUAUACAAAUAAGCUUAAAAAUAGUAUUGACCAUGACUAUAUUUGGAUAGGAGUAGACCCGACAGCUCUACAGACUGGUGGUGUUAUUUAUCACUAUGUUUAAUACCUUUUAACGCAAGUUUCCUUCUACCAGCUAGAGUUUCUCCACGCGCCUUUCUAAGAGCAGUAAUGUACCCCCUAUCAUUCCUGCGCGAUUACUAACAUUCCACUCCCUCUCCUGUCCCUUUUCUCGCAGGCUGGACUCUUUAAUAAACAUGGCGUAUGGAGUUAAGAGGUAAAUAAGAGCCCAAUACCUUCUGCCCCAGACUCUUUUCCCCCUCCCCUCCCCAGCGCAAGUCUUUAGUUUUCAAAUGUGAUUUAAUGUACAGAGAUGGGAAAUAGCUAUUUAUUUCAGGAGGGUUGUUUACUAAACUGUAGUUGUGUCACUGGACAAAUAAUCUCAUAAUCGCAAAAUUGAAAUCGAAUUACUUAUAAGUGUCAAUUUGCAUGUAUGUUUGAAGGGAGCGCUUGAUAUGGGUGAUAUGGCAAACGACUUCUAAAAUUGUCAGCCAAAAUAUUUUUAUACGUGUUUGGCUGCGAUUUGAUAUUUUUGGGUUAGCUUUUCAAAUGAUUUAAUGUUUUCAGAUAAACUUUAAAAAUAUAUACUUUUUUCAUUAAUAAAAAUUUAAAAACUAUAUCAUAUAUUUAAAAAAAAAUGUUAAUAUAUUUUUAAAAACAUAAAAAAAAAUUAAAUCAUUUGAAAAGUUUAUACAAAAAAUAUUAAAUCAUCUGAAACCUUAUCCAAAAAUAUUACAUCAAGACCUUUGCUCUUUUGGCAUAAGUUUUAUAAGUCAGUUAUCAUUGAUUACCCUUAAAUCAAUAUUUACGGGAAACUCCAUACUAUGAGUUUUCCUAUUUGUCACAACUGAGUUGCUCUAUGACUGUAUAACGUCCCCAAUUUGUUGUGAUUCUCCAAGCCAACACUCCCCAAUCAGCGCAGUUCAUCUCACUGUGUGCUGAGUACUGUCUCAGAAUGCUUCAACAAUGUUCUCAACAUGGCCCUAAGGUCCAACAUGCCCUAAGUGAGGCCGGUCAGAUAGACCGACAUACCUCUUUUUGGAAAAGACUGCAGCUUUAGCAGGCAGAUUUGACCCUCAUCCCCCCUUCCUGGCCUGCCCACCUUUCCAUCACAUAUCUCCCAUUUUGGAGCAUAGACUAUUUCUGGUGACCGAUAUCAAACAUCAGUUACCUAGUAUAAAUAUUAUAUAUUUUCAUCGAAUUAUGACAUUUCCUCUCUGGACAUUAAAUCACAGCUCCGCCUUGCCUUUUUUCUAGAUUGCUAGUAUAUAUGUAGUUACGUGCUAGUUUAUAUAUUUUUUUGUCUGCUCUUGGAUUUCUUUUUAAUGCGACCCUUCUUUUUUGGGGGGUGCUUUAUUUAAAUUUUUUUAUUUUUUUUGUCUCUGUUGGCGUUUUUACUUUUCCUUUGGUUGCAGUUGUAGGGUGUGAAAUGUGUUGUUGUAUGUGUAACACAGUGCGCAAAGUAAGACAUCAGCAUGUCUCACAUAAACGACACGGUUGAGAACAGUAAAAUGAUGACAGCAAUCUGAUUACUGUGAUACGACAAGACAAAGAAGUAAUAUCUAAAUGCAGACCUUAAAUGACCAGCAGAUAGGCUAGGCUGGUACGUGUGUGAUAUGUCACAAGCAAUCAAUAUAUUAGACGUUCAGGACGGGAGACGAGGCAAGACCCUUUUGCUUGCGACAGUCCUAAAAUAUUAUCAUAUUUAAUACAUAUUUCUAACUCCCUGCUGCUGCAAGUAGCCAUCUUGCUUUUCAAGCAGACAUCUUACAAUGCAAACUUUUUCAAUGACAAGUCUUUUUUUUAGACUUCUUGUUAAAUACAUUUUCAGAUGACUACUAUCCAGGCUAUGAAACAAAAUAUUCUUGAUAUCAUGCAUAUAAAACUUUUUAAGUAUUUCUGUCACAAAAAAAAAAUAAAAAAAUAGAAAUUUAGUUCUCUUAUAGAUCAAAAAAUACUACUUGUUAUCCCACCAGUAGUAUUUAAGUAAACCAAGAUGGCUGCUCACAGAAAAUGUACUUUAAAUAUCUCAGGUGCUGGCAGGUAACUAAAUGACUUUGAAGGAGAAUUAGACUUUGACUGUAUUUUAACACAAUAAGUUUACUGCCUAGUGAAGUAACCCAAUGACUGACAUUUUUUUGUGGAUUUUAGCAGUACAAAUAUAGCUAUGGCCAUUGAUAAGUUUCACUGGAUUUUGAGCCGCUUUACUUGGCCUUGUGAUAGUAGUAAAAGACGAAAGAUGAAAUAUAAAUGGGUCGCAUGUUAAAUACCUCACUGAAAGAAACUCACACAUGUAUGUAAAAUAUAAAACAUUUCAGUAAAAAAUAAUAAAACUAGCUAAUUUUUCACAUAUAGUGUAGUUCAGAUUUUUUUUUCUAAUUAUACAUAUUUACAGUGUUAUUCCCUUAAGUAAAAAUUGUCAGGAAUUCAAAAUUAAUUUCAAAUUUGCGGACAAAAUAUAAGAAUUGGAGAAUGUUUCUAUUUCAGCUAUUUUGACCUGAAUUUUGAAAUUCACCUUAAAUCCCCAGCAAGCUCGUCUUUAGUGAAUUAAGACUGUUAAAAAUCAAGUCUUAGUUAACUGUGUACAGAUUGCCUUGUGAAACAUAAGUGACAUAAAUUUUGCAUCUGUACACAUUUGCUACUUUGCAUAAGCUGACUUUAAAGAUAAGAGAGUUUUAAAAUCUAGAACAGAAGAGUAACUAAUCUUUAAUUUACAUCUCACAUGUUUCAUAUCUCACCUUGGGUAAAUCCUCCAUUUUGUCGGAGGAUUUUCCCAAAAUGAAUGACAAUUAAAGUAAACUCAUCUUCGAACGCCUCUUUAUUGAACUAACUGGGCAAAGUCACUAAGACGCUUCUGGGGUCAGUCACCCUUUAAAUAAGUGUGAGCUCCCAGUUCUCAAGGCUUUAAGGAACAAGGAGGAAAAAGGAAUCUCGGGAAAAGUAAGCAGAUUUGCAUAAAGAGCAGGACGUAAAAUGUGAAAUUUAAUUAUUCAAAAUAAUAUAUACUCUAGCCUGUAGUACGACAAAUAUAUUCAGCAGAAAAAUAUGAUAACCAGAUAUGUGACAGUUCCACUUUAACCCCUUAAGGACCAAACUUCUGGAAUAAAAUUUAAUCAAGACAUGUCACACAUGUCAUGUGUCCUUAAGGGGUUAAAAGGACACUAUAGUCACCAAAACAACUUUAGCUUAAUGAAGCCGUUUUUGUGCAUAGAUCAUAGAUCACUGUUCAAUUCACUGUCAUUUAAGAGAUAAAUCACUUUUGUUUCUGUUUAUGUAGCCCUAGCCACACCUCCCCUGGCUGUGACUGACACAGACUGCAUGAAAAAAUAAAUGGUUUCAUUUUCAAUUAAAUGUAACUUACUUUAAAUGUUUUUAUCUCCUGGUCUCUAUAUUCAACUUUAAUUACACACAGGAGGCUAAUGCAGGGUCUAGCAAGCUAUUAACAGAGCAGGAAAUAAAAAAUUCUAAAUUAAACAGAAUUUGCAAUAAAGAAAGUAUAAACUUUAGAUGACACUUUACAGGAAGUGUUUAGGUAGAAUGUGUAGUUUAACUCCUAAAUGGUAGAGAAUUGAGCGGUGAGACUGCAGGGGCAUGAUCUGUUCAACAAAAUAGCUACAUUAUGCUAAUGUUAUUUUGGUGACUAUAGUGUCCCUUUAAGUAUAACUCCUUAAGGACACAUGACAUGUGUGAUAUGUCAUGAUUCCCUUUUAUUCCAGAAGUUUGGUCCUUAAGGGGUCAAAGGGACACUAUAGUCACCAGAACAACUACAGCUUAAUGUAGUUGUUCUGGUGAGUAUAAUAGCUCCCUUCAGGCAUUUUUAUGUAAACACUGCCUUUUCAUAGAAAAGGCAGUGUUUACACUGCCCCUAGGGACACCUCCAAGUGGCCACUGGAGGGGUUUCCUGGCUCAGUGCUGCACAGUAAACAGAGCAAACGCUCUGCAUGGAGACGCUGAAUUUUUCUCAUAGAGAUCCAUUGAUUCAAUGCAUCUCUAUGAGCAGGUCAUGAUUGGCCAAAACAGCAUUUGGCCCCGCCCCAUACCAAUUUUAGCCAAUUUUGGCUAAUUGGCUAAAAAGCGCCUCUUUUGAUGAUGUUACAAAGGACCCAUGCGGUGCUGGAAAUAAGGUGAGUUUUAAAUCUUUGUAGGGAGUUAAGGGGGUGUAAAUCACCUAAAUGGUGGGUUUAGCACUAGAGGGUCAGGAAUACAUGUUUGUGUUCCUGACCCUAUAGUGAUUCUUCAAGAAUUGUGUGUAUUGGAACAAACUGGUGGUCGAUUAAUAAAUGUAAAGCUAAAUUAUCCUGCCUGGUACAAUUAUCAGCUUUUGAUUGCUAUGGGCUUAUUAUCUGAUGCAUGAAUUUCUCAGCCCAUACUUGAAAGCUAUUAUAAACCAGAGUCUUAUAAACUCUAGAAUUAACAAGUAAUUAACAAAUUAAUUAUGUAUCAUUAAGCAAUGUACCAAGCAAAGCUAGACUGACAAAGGCCUUUGAGGAAUUAAUAAUACACUCACAGGGUUAUUCAGUAAACUGAGAAUUUAAAAGGAAUUUUUAAUUAAAGGCCAGGGUAACAAAACUUUAAACUGCUGAGUUAGAAAAUGUGAAUUCUUCAUUAGUAAAUAACCCUGUAAGUAAAUGCAGUAUUAUGCCCCUUUAAGACUGAGAGAGGCAUUACAGUAAUGUUGGCAGUCUAUGUGGUGACCCAUUAUUUGCAUUGUAUUUGCUAUAAACAAACAGAAUAUAUUGGUUAAACAAGACCUGAAAAAAAGGUCACUUUUGUAGCCCUUUGAUUUCAAAAUGAUUGCUAUGCAAAUAGUCUUCUAGAAUUAAUUUGACAGAUAAAUAUACUAACUAACCUGUAUACUAUCAUAGCAACUCUCAAAGGAAGUGCCUAAGGAUUUGACCGUAACAUGUAAAUUGUGAGAUAUAUAUUAUACAACUUUACCAGAUCUGCCAUGAUUUGUUCUGGAUACAUAUCACUUUUUCCUGUUGUGUAGCGGUACAUGGAUGAUACUAUGCUCUAUUUAGAAGAAUUCAUAUACUGACAGAUUAUUUAUAAAUAAGGGCAGUUCCAUAGGAAUCCUUUAAGUUAAUGGCUUUUUCACAGCAGUCACUGUAACACCAAACAUGAAGUUGUAUGUUUCCAAACCGAAAAACACGGUGGAUCUGGUAUUACUACACUUGUCAUCCCUACUAAAUUAUAAAAACCAUGUUCUUAAAGUGGAAUGCAACUGUAAAAAGAAUCAAAAGCGUAUUAAAAGCGUAAAAAAUUAAGAACCCUAGAUUAUUAAGGUUAGUGCCUUUUCAAAAGAUGACCAGAUAGCUGUACCUGAUGGUUUGGAUGGGUUAUUCCAAGCUGUGGAUUUUCAGCAUCAGUCUUUCGAACCAAUUUCAGUAAAGUGUGCCUGAUCAGUCAUUUACAGCUAGACUUAAUGUGUUCCAUAUACCGAGGAAUGUCCCCAGUGCACGGCUGGUGUGAUGUAAUGGUCCAAGAUUGAAAGAUGGGCAUUGGGAUUUGUUUACCGGGGUAUAACUAGUGAUUUAUAUACUGCCAUAUGCAUUAUGCAACCCUCUCCUUUCCACCUCACUUACCUGACCUUUACACCAGCCUCCCCUUCCUCCAGUACUUUCUAAUGUCUACGUCUACUCUGCUUUUUCCCUCCUUUCUCUCUCCCUCCCCAUCACCCCAACCUUUUUUCCUUCCCUCUCUCCAAUAUCACUUAAAUGUCUUCUUUGAAAACUACAUGGUUCUUUUUUCUUCUUUUUUCUCUAUUUCCUUAGUUCUCCAUUUCAAAUUUCACCAGGAACUCUUUCUUACCCUCAAUGUGAAAGACCACCUCUUUUCUUCAUCUUAGAGUCUUAAUAGAAAGAAGAUAAGAGCUUAUUAGCACAUCCACCUGACCAAUUUUACUGUCUAUAUUAAGCCCCCUGAUGUAAUAAAAUAAGUUAUACCAAUCAGGGCCUGCAUUUACAUUCCAAGUGCUAAAAUUCUACCUGCGCCUCUCUAAUAAAUACUAGCCAUUUGCGUACUGAUCUAUCGUUGGAUUAUAUUUUGGGGAAAACUAGGCCAUAUUGGACAUCCUGAGUUAACACUUGCUUAAAUAUUAACGUCAUUAAAUCUUUUGGCAGAACAUGACCCUUGGGCAUGCCCACUCGUGGUCUUCAAAACAUAUUGUUAUAUCAAAAACUGCCUCAUUUGAAGUGUGCUAGAAAAGUAAGAUGGAUUCUACAAAUCUUGGUAACUCUUGUUAAUAUUUGAUAUAUGUAUCAAGAAAUCUGAUCUGUGUAAAAUAGUCCCAUUAAAGACAUCAUAUUAAAGAUUAUUCAGGCCUGUUUUAUUGUGUGUUUUGAGGUAGUUUCCCAUUAAUUUAAAAUUAAUUGAUUAUAUACUGGCCUCUCCUUACACCCUCUACAUUACUUACUAUUUGAUUCUAAUUUUGCAUUGCCUGUGUCACGGACAUAUUAAAAUAAAUCAAAACGUGGGUUUGAUAAAAGCCAAAAAAAUUAUAGAAAUUCUCACUUUUAGUACAGUGAUCCCCAUUCUCAUUUCACAUGAUCUUAUUCUCAAUCUGAUUUUAGUUUUCAUCUUCAUUUCUUCUAAAAGAAGAGACGAACAUGACAAGUUUUCAUAUCCUCAUUACAGUUGGUGGGUCAGUUGUUGCCGUAGACAUGACUGGUAGCUAAACUGGGACAUACUUGACCUUUUUUGAUGUGUACUGCCGCUGGCUUGCAGUACAUUAAGCCACAUCUUGCUUAAGCUAAAUAAGGCCCCACCACCAAAGUGGUGUGAAAAGAAUGGGAUGACUACUGACUAGUGCAUGGAAGAAGCUUCGGUCACAAGGUUAAAAGGCAUUUCUGACCCCAUGCACACCAUAUUCUACAUAUCUAAUGGAAGGGUCCACAUUGUCUUCAGUGGCACUAAGCAUGACAUCUCAGUUAGUGCAGUGGUACACAAAGAGGUAGAUAAAAAGAGAUCUGUUGUAACAGGAGCACCAGUAUGUGUAGUCUGGGUUCCUUCUCCUCUUCUCUCUUACCCUGUAUGCAAAAUAGUUAAAUAUAAGGUCACUGGGAAGUAGGAAGCCUAUCUCAAUUUCAUUCUCUGCAUAUGCCCACUGAUUUUGUUUAUAGAUUGUAUUAAUUUUGAAGGCUUGAAUUUAUUCCAAAUUAAAAAAUACAAAAUAAACAAAACCUAUAACUGUAGAUUACUCAUACAGAAUGAAUCUAGAAGUAUUCUCUGCUUCAUAGGUUACAGAAUAUGGCCAUUGCUGUGCUUGUUGUACCAUUGGUUCUGUCUACUGGUAUUUUCCACUGUGCCCUCAUACCUUUCCUUUCAUCCUUAUACUUCUGCUAUAACUUCCACCUUCUCAUGUACUGUCUUCUCACAGAGAUAUCUUAUACCUACACCUGGUCUAGUAGACUAUUCUUUCAUCGUCCAUUUUUCUCUCCAAAUUACAAAUGUCUUCCUCAUACGGAAUGCCCUUUCCUCAUCCACCCUUCCAGUUCUUCUCCCUGUUUUCUGUACAAUUCAUCCACUAUUUCCGUUAUCAAUGCAUACACAUCCAUCUCUCAUCGCAUCUUGUUUCCUUACCACCACUGAUAAACCUCUAGUCCCUCAAUGUAUCUCUUUCCCUCAUUCCUUCUCCCCAUCUUCCUCUCCUGCUUUCCUCUCUCAUAGACCUCUUCCUUACACCCAAUGUAGUCCGCUCUCCUUCCUUCCCAGGUUCUCUCCUAUCACCAUUGACAGUGUUACCAACCUCGCUGGGGUCAGUCUGACGGGUCCCACCACUGCCGGCUGGUGCAUCUUUGUCUACAACCUGUCCCCAGAAGCUGACGAGAGUGUGCUGUGGCAGCUGUUUGGACCAUUUGGUGCCGUGACAAACGUCAAAGUUAUCCGGGACUUCACCACUAACAAGUGCAAAGGAUUCGGAUUCGUCACCAUGACUAACUACGACGAAGCCGCCAUGGCAAUUGCAAGCCUCAAUGGAUACAGGCUGGGAGAUCGGGUCCUGCAAGUGUCAUUCAAAACCAGUAAACAACACAAAGCAUGAAGAAGCAGUGGGAGUAAGAGUUAGGGUGGGAGAGUUGGAGAGAGAGGGAUAAAAUAGGCAGGGGAGAGAAUAAAGAUAUGGCUGAUGGAGAGGUUGGGAGGAGGUUUACAAAUAGAGGUAGAAAGGACUGGACACAGAGAAAGGAGUAACAACAUGAGUUUAGUACUAGGUUUGAACACAGAGUCUAGCAUAGACCUCCUAACUGUGAUACUGUAUUAGUAAAUAUCCUAUUUGAUGGUAGUUUUGCACUUCCAUUGGAUGCACAGUGAGUUGAUGGUCUGGCACUUUAAAGUCUUAAAUCCAAGAUAUUUUACAUGAAAGACCAUGAAUCCUUUCUAAGUUGGCAACUUGAAUGCAGAGCCAGGAUUUUAUGAAUGGGCGACAAUUUUCAAUACUUAGACAGGUAGUAGAUAAUAACAGGGCUGGUAUAGAGCGUUCAGUGCCUGUCACCUUGAGAGAUGGCAUAAAUGAUAGCAGCAAUAGACCCCGGAAUGUUUAGACUGAAUGCACAGUGCCUGGCACCUCUAUGGCUGGCACAUGGGGUACAGAGCUUGGUACCUCUAUGUACGUUACAUAGGUAUGGCACGAUAGCUCCGUUAAAGUGGUCCUGCUCUCUCUUAGUAGCAGUGAACAGGUUAGGUUUCUGUAGGGAUUGAGAUCUCGAAACUUCAACCUCCUCACUCUUCUAACAUUUAACUCCUAUUCCCUCACUCUCCACCUUUGUACCCCAUCACUACUCUUAAAAGAAGAUAAUAAACGAAGAAAUGAGACGGGCGCAGAAAUGAAAGAGAGAAAAAAAAUAUCUAUUUUUAUAAAAAAGGAAAAAAAAUCCCGUGAGCAGUUUAAGCUUUCACACUUGUCCCAAAAGACAAUGACCCAUUAAGUGUAUAUGUAUAAAUACGCAUAUAUACAUAUAAACUCCAUUUUAGACAAAAUCAUAAAUUCAGGUCCCAAAAUAUAAACAUUCUGAUUUGAUUUAAAAUGAUUAAAAAAAAAAACACCUGUGACUGGUUUCCAGAAGGGACUGCUUACAAUCCAUUAGGAAACAUUCUAGAAUUUCCUAUUUCCUCUUCAUUUAUUUGUUUACAAAAUGCGUAGUUUAGGAAAACCAAUGAAAUUCUUACUCAUUUUAAACUUGAGUUGAAUCCAGAGACUUGCGUUUCGUUUAUUAAGAUUAUUACUGAAUAUUAUACCAUGUCUGGGGUAAUUAAUGGGUCAUAGAUAGCAAUUAUAGCUUCAGCCCCACUUAUCCAGGGGGAAAAAAAAUUACUAGUAAUAAAAAAAACCUUUUCCUUCACGAGAAUUCACAAUCGAUUCUUCCAUUUGAAAUAUAUAUAAAUAUAUAUAUAUUUUUGAGGGGCUUGUUUCGUAAAUCUUUAAAAUAAAAAAUGUAAUUUUGAAACCCUGAAAUGUACAAAAAAAAACUAAUUAAUAGACAAUGUAUAUAUCGGAAAUAAAAAUGAUAAUUUUACAAAAAGAUUCAGGCCAGCUCCAGGCACAGGGAAGUAAUUAUGUCGUUUUCAGGCAUAUAAAUAAGGUAUCUCAUAGCCAUGUAAUUUUGCUCAAAGGAUUUUCUGAAUAUGAAAUCUGGACUCUGAUUGGCGGAUUCCUGGACAUGUUUAAGGACUUUGACUAAAGGAUUCUGGGAGUAGUACAGUGACAGAAAAUGUGCACUUAUUGGCUGUUUAAAGGGUGAUGUCAUGAACUGUCACUUAAAGGAUUCUGGAAUUGUGAUUCUGCCUAUUUUUUGAGGGAACAUUCCGUAAACAUUUUUGGGUAUUUAUAUAAAAUAAAUCCAGCUGGUAUUUUAAAUUACAUUAGCAGAAAGCCUUGAGCCGGCUCACCUAAACCAUAUAAUUUGUUUCAAACAGCAGGAAAGGACUAAACGCGGAAAAGUGGGACUGCAGCCUUAAUUCAAAAAGCAAAUAUUCAUAACAUUUAAUAUGAUUAGCUUUGCGUUCAUUUAUCGUAUAGCAGAAAAUAGAAAAAAAAAUUAGGUUGUUUAUUAAUUAAGUUUGCGUCUGUUCUAUAAAUCGUUUUCUCGUUUAUUUUCGGUUCCCUCCCCCCAAAUAACUCUUUUUGAACGUGUGUUUUCUUUAAUAUUAUUUAUAGAUUUUUUUUGUGUUUCUUUAAAAAAAAAAAAAAUAAUAAUAAAGUAGUUGGGGGAGGGGAGAGAGCAAAAUCUUUCUCCUACCUUAUAAUUUUAGUUAGAGCUUUGUGUUCCAGUUUAUGUGUGGUUACUCUGACUGUGUUUAGUAGAAAGUUGUAGGAUCUCUUGCAAAUUAUAAAAAAAAAAAAAAAAAAAAGGAAUCGACAGAGGUUUAAAAAAACACACACAAAAAAUGAAGAAAAAAAAUAUUAUGAAAACCUGGCGAGAUCUUUUGAAUUGUUGUUUUUAACUUAUUUCGAAGUAUUUAUUCUUUAUUUGUGUGGGUAUAAAUAUGUGCUUAAUUUAUGUUUGUUCUGAGCCUAAGCAAACAAGGUUUCUUAUUUUUUUUUUAAGCCCUCCUCUACAGAGGAAAAAGGGUUUAAUCGGUCUUGAGGAUAAGGUGUUAAUUUAUUUAAUGAACGAAAAAAAAAAUGGGAUUGAAACAUUGUUUAAAAAAAUAUAAAAUGAAAAAAACAAUAAUGUGCAUUUUUUAUAAGCUGGUUUGAAAUCCAAGGAGCUGAGAGCACUGAAUAAUUAAAAAAAAAUUAUUAAAAAAAAAAAGAAAUAAAAAGAUAAUUAUUAAUAA